AUGGAACCUUUGCGGAAAGAGGCGAAGGAUAAUCCAUCGGCUACAGCUAAUCUUCUUUCCAAGAUUUUCUUCUGGUAAGGAAAGUACAGUAGCAGCAGUGUUUGACAGCUAUUGACUGGCAAAGCCGACUCGGGUUUUGACAAUUGCUAUGAAUGGUCAAGUGUGAAUGAUGCUUGCAGUAUCCCUAUGUGUGUCCUACCAGCUCAGCUGCCAUAGCCUUUUAGAGCGCAAGAACAAGGACGACUACCGGUAGAUAAAGUGCUCAUACAAUGGCCUCAUCACUUCCUCUAUCAAAGUUUAAAACAUAGCUACUGUCUGUCCACAGGGCUGUUUAUGUUGAUUGCUGCAGGUGUGCGUAAAGUAAACAUGACAUUUGAAAUGUAUUAGGGUACUUUGUUUAUUACCCUAAACCUAAUGGCCAGAAAAUGCAUUCAAAUGUAUUUACGUGUAGGCCCUCUUUUUAUGCAUGUGUGAAUAACAAAAAAUCCAACAUACUGUUUGUUAUCCUCUACCAGUAUAACUUACACAGAACUUUAGAUUUAAUUGACUGUAUACAUGUACUGUACAUAAACACAUACUUGUUUCUUGUCACCAGCUGGCUGAAUCCUUUAUUCCGUAUUGGCUAUAAGCGGAGGCUAGAGGAACAUGACAUGUACAAAGUUCUUCCAGAGGAUGGAUCCGAGAGACUAGGAGAAGAUUUACAGUGGUAAGUCACAUCUUAAUGCAACCAGACACAUUCUGAGAGUUUGAUGAAUGCAGUAAGUUGGAUGCUAUGGCUGUUGUUUGAGUGUUACAUUCCUCUUGUCUGUAGGUACUGGGAUCAAGAAGUACACAGGGCUGCUAAGGACCUGCGCACACCCAAACUAACCAAAGUCCUCAUUGCAUGCUAUUGGAGGUCCUAUUCUGUCAUAGGAAUAUUUACUCUCAUUGAGGUACCACAUACACUGUCUGCAGGCAUAUACUUAACAUUUUCACAAAGUAGCUUACCCAUGAAUAUGUAACCAGUGUGAAAAGGCUAGCUAGUUAGUGUUGUGUGCUAGUAGCAUUUCAGUAGGUGAAGUCAGUCUCUGAGACCUUGAAGUAGUUGUUUCCCUUGCACUGCAAGGGCCGAGGCUUUGUGGAGCGAUAGGUAACGAUGCUUCGAGGGUGACUGUUGCUGAUGUGUGUAGAGGGUCCCCGGUCCCCGUUUCAAGCCCAGGUUGGGGCGAGGGACGGAAGCAAUACUGUUAGAAAUACAAAACUACAAUACCAGUCAAAAGUUUGGACACACCUACUCAUUCAAGGGUUUUUCUUUAUUUGUACUAUUUUCUACAUUGUAGAAUAAUAGUGAAGACAUCAAAACUAUGAAAUAACACAUAUGGAAUCAUGUAGUAACCCAAAAAGUGUUUAAACAAAUCAAAAUAUAUUUGAGAUUCUUCAAAGUAGCCACCCUUUGCCUUGAUGACAGCUUUGCACACUCUUGGCAUUCUCUCAACCAGCUUCACCUGGAAUGCUUUUCCAACAGUCUUGAAGGAGUUCCCACAUGCUUAGCACUUUUUGGCUGCUUUUCCUUCACUCUGCCGUCCGACCCAUCCCAAACCAUCUCAAUUGGGUUGAGAUUGGGGGAUUGUGGAGGCCAGAUCAUCUGAUGCAGCACUACAUCACUCUCCUUCUUGGUCAAAUAGCCCUUACACAGCCUAGAGGUGUGUUUGGUCAUUGUCCUGUUGAAAAACAAAUGAUAGUCCCACUAAGCGCAAACCAGAUGGGAUGGCGUAUCACUGCAGAAUGCUGUGGUAGCCAUGCUGGUUAAGUGUGCCUUGAAUUCUAAAUAAAUCACAGACAGUGUCACCAGCAAAUCACCCCCACACCAUAACACCUCCUUCUCGAUGCUUUACGUUGGGAACUAAACAUGCAGAGAUUAUCCGUUCACCCACACCGCGUCUCACAAAGACACGGCGGUUGGAACCAAAAAUCUCAAAUUUGGACUCCAGACCAAAGGACACAUUUCCACCGGUCUAAUGUCCAUUGCUCGUGUUUCUUGGCCCAAGCAGGUCUCUACUUAUUAUUGGUGACCUUUAGUAGUGGUUUCUUUGCAGCAAUUCGACCAUGAAGGCCUGAUUCACACAGUCCCCUCUGAACAGUUGAUGUUGAGAUGUGUCUGUGACUUGAACUCUGUGAAGCAUUUAUUUGGGCUGCAAUUUCUGAGGCUGGUAACUCUAAUGAACUCAUCCUCUGCAGCAGAGGUAACUCUGGGUCUUCCAUUCCUGUGGUGGUUCUCAUGAGGGCCAUUUUCAUCAUAGCGCUUGAUGGUUUUUGCGACUGCAGUUGAAGAAACUUUCAAAGUUCUUGAAAUGUUCCGUAUUGACUGACCUUCAUGUCUUAAAGUAAUGAUGCACUGUCGUUUCUCUUUGCUUAUUCGAGCUGUUCUUGCCAUAAUAUGGACUUAGCUCUAUUUGGUAAAAGACCAUCUUCUGUAUACCCCCCUACCUCGUCACAACACAACUGAUUGGCUCAGACGCAUUAAGAAAAAUAAAUUCCACAAAUUAACUUUUUAAGAAGGCACACCUGUUAAUUGAAAUGUAUUCCAGGUGACUACCUCAUGAAGCUGGUUGAGAGAAUGCCAAGAGUGUGCAAAGCUGUCAUCAAGGCAAAGAGUGGCUAUUUGAAGAAUCUCAAAUAUAUUUUGAUUUGUUUAGCACUUUUUUGGUUACUACAUGAUUCCAUAUGUGUUAUUUCAUAGUUUUGAUGUCUUCACUAUUAUUCUACAAUGUAAAAAUAAAGACAAACACUUGAAUGAGUAGGUGUGUCCAAACUUUUGACUGGUAGUGUAUAUAUUUCAAAACACAUCCACCUUUAAUAGUAAUGGUGUUCUAUGUACCUGCACUUUUCGGUUAAAACGUAUCGUGUUUCUUCUCCUCCCAUCAGGAAAUUAUCAAAGUGAUUCAGCCAGUACUUCUGGGGAAGCUGAUCCAGUAUUUUGAGAGCUAUGACCCCGACAACAUGGAUGCUCUGUAUGAGGCCUGUGGCUAUGCUGCAGGUGUCUCCCUGUCCACCCUGGGUCUGGUUGCUCUGCACCACCUCUACUUCUACCAUGUGCAGCGAGCCGGCAUGAAGAUCCGGGUGGCCAUGUGUCACAUGAUCUAUCGGAAGGUCAGUAACCGCCAGCUCUCAGAUGAAAGCCUAUAAACAGGGCCCAGAGUUUUUUUUCUAGACUCGUCACUAUGGAAUCACUCCUGGUUAUUAUGACAGGUCAUUCAGUUAGUCAUCAUCAGCAAUCUUUUACAUUUCUUUACAAUGCAUGCAACAUGAGGCAUACAAAUUGACUGUUGCAUGAAUCUAAAUUUACAUGGUCCUUUGAUAUCUCCAAAGGCCCUCUGUCUUAACAGCACAGCGCUGGGAAAAACCACCACUGGACAAAUCGUCAACCUCUUAUCCAACGAUGUCAACAAGUUUGAUGAGGUAUGCUCUGAAAAGACACAUUCAAGAUAUUUGCAUAUCAGAUGACACUGCUCAAUAACAUACAGCCUUCUCCCAUCCUUCCACAGGUCACUAUAUUUUUGCACUUCCUCUGGGUGGGUCCUCUACAAGCAGCAGCUGUGAUGGUGUUGUUGUGGUAUGAGGUCGGCCCAUCAUGCCUUGCAGGAAUGGCCGUCCUGGUCUUCCUGAUGCCUAUACAGACUCUGUUCGGGCGCCUGUUCUCCUCCUUCAGGUACUAUACAUGUACCAUAAUGUAUCACUCUGUAGGAAUGUAUCUGAACCAGUUUUGCUUUGGCGUUGUAAGUAGCUAUGCAUUUCAUAUGUGCAUACCUUGAUGACACUGAAUAAUAGUGGUGGAGAGACACUUUGAUGCCUUUUUACUUUCAUGCGAAGGGUUUUACAAACUUGUCUGGUUUAUUACUGUAUCCAUGGGUGCUGUGUCCUGUUACAGUCUGCUACAGUACUUGUUCCAGAUUGGUUAUUACUCUAAGUCCAGGUCUCUUCAUUUAAGUGUCGCUCAAGUGAGCUUUUGACCCCAGAUGCUUCCUCUAGGCUGGCGACAAAGCCAUACCUCCUUACAAUCUACAAGGGUGAUUAAUAAUUAUGGCCCAGUUUUACCAAGCUUUAGUAUAAAUAUCAGUUGAAAGUCAAAGUGAUGAAUGUAAAAUGAAAACAGGUUCUUGCUGUCAUCUGCUGAAUAAAUAGGUUUGGCAAACUUUGCACUGGCCCCAAUGCCUAGAAAAAGUGAAACCUGAACCCUAGGAUCUGACUAAUUUGUCUCUUGCAAUGUUUAGGGGCACAACCGCAGCCUUGACAGACAACAGAAUCCGCACAAUGAAUGAAGUGGUCUCUGGGAUCCGGAUCAUCAAGAUGUAUGCAUGGGAGAAGCCUUUUGCAGCUCUGGUAGAUGAAGUCAGAAGGUGAAUUAUGUUUUAUUUACUUAUUUUGUGUUUGAUUUACAUAGUUUACGAAGAUUGAGUCUGAAUUGUAUAGCCUGAAGUCAUAUUAUAACUAUUAAUACUCUAUCAGAACAGUUCCACCAUUUCCCAGUGCCUAAUCAACCCUAUUUUGCAAUAUGCUUUAGAAAGUGGAUACUAUCCCAACGCAGAGUAUUUCACAUGUUGAAGUUUGGUGGAAUGGAUGUCCUUAUGCCUCUCCACUUUGUGCUAUUGUAUACAUUAAUUAAAGGUAGACUUCAGCGAUAUGAUGUGGAUGCAGAAAGUAAACAGCAUAGUGGGUCAAUUUCCACAACAACUAAGAGCGUUGAAGCACGAGGCCCAACUUCUCUGCUGUUUUGGUCCCGUGGCUACUACGCUCUAACAGCAAGAAGCGAUUCUGUACGCAUCUGCAGAUACUGUGUGAGAGCGAAGUCUUGCAUCUCGCUCAUCUCAUUAUCUGUGGUGCUGCACGUGGCAUCGUCAUUUUGCUGAGUCUACCUUUUUAAGUCAGUCAUCAUAGUUAGCCUGGCCAGGCAUGAGGACCUGAGGUAGUCAGCACCUGACACUCAUGAGUUUUUGACUUUGAAUGUGUUAGAUUAGUGUUUCUUAAUCCUGGUCCUUAAAACCCAAAGGAGCGCACAUUUUUGGGGGUUUUAUCUCGCUGAGAUGUUGCAUGCAUCAACCAAUGGUUGCGUGCCACUCAUCAACAGUGCCUUCGGGCACCAGAUUGCUAUAACAUAUGAUGUAGUUAGCUGAUACGUAAAAUACCUAUCCUGGCAUGCGCCAGAAACAUCUGAGCAGAGGAACACAACCUUAGUUUUUGGCGUAGAACUACACACCUGAUUCUACUAAUCAAGGGUUUGAUGAUGAGUUUAUUACUGGAAUCAGGUGUGUAGUGCUAGGAGAAGGGGGGGAAAAAAAGGGUCCCUAGGACCAGGAGAAAAAACACUGUCAGAUACCUAAAUUAAAGAUCUCUUAUACGACACAAGUAUUCUCUUCAUUCAACAGAAUGUAAUCUACUGCCACCCCACUAAAAACGUAGUCCCCCUAUAUUAAGAGGGGAAGUUAGAUAUGAUCAACAUGUUUGUUCUAAUAUUAUACUGUAGGCUAAACCCAAGAGGUCAACAUCAGAUUUGUGACCUAGCACCCUUCUGCUCCUUAGGCAUGGAACUCAUCGUGCUGUAAAAUCUUUGUAGGAAAACAAACAUCUGAAAACCUCUCCCUCUCCUUGUACUUUCAGGAAGGAGAUCUCCAAGAUCAUGAAGAGCUCUUACCUGAGAGGCCUCAACAUGGCCUCCUUCUUUGUGGCCAGCAAGAUCAUCGUCUUCAUCACCUUCACUGUCUACGUGUUGAUAGGGAACAGGAUCUCUGCCAGCCGGGUGUUUGUGGCUGUUUCUCUGUACGGGGCUGUGAGACUCACCGUCACCCUCUUCUUCCCCAAUGCCAUAGAGAAGGUCUCUGAGGCUCUCAUCAGCAUCCGCAGGAUCAAAGUAAACGCUCCUGGAUGAAAUUUCCCCUAGGUGCAGAUUGAGAUCAGCUUCCUCUACCCCAAUCCUAGCAUUAACAAUUAGUGGGAGAAAUGCAAAACUGACCCACGAUCAGCGUCUAGGGGCAACUUCACCCUACACUAAAGUAAAUACACACAGGCAUUAACUAGGUACAGCUGGUAGAGUUGAGUAUGAUACUGCUGUGACACCUGUAGGCUAGAGUACAUCAUUAUUUUACCUGAUGGUCUUAUGUUCCAUUCAUGCAGUGAUGUAAGGUUUAUGUGUCUAAAAUGUGUGUUGCUAAUCUGAUCUUUUUUUUCUCUUUCACAGAAUUUCCUUAUGUUGGAUGAAGUUCGGACGGAGCAGGAUCUUAGACUCCCUGUGGCAGAGAAGAAGGACUGUAUGGUGGAAAUAAAGGAUUUAAUCUGCUACUGGGACAAGGUGGGGAGGCCUAGUCUUUUGUCCAGUAUGGUUGUUUUAACCAAGACUCAAGCUGUUUCAGCGUCAAUAGAAAAUAGUGCAUGUACAAGUCUGCACCAGGAUUUGAUACCAUGCUCCCAUCAGUUAUCGGCACUCUAUGCAACCCUCUAGAAAGCCGCUAGCUUAUCGCUUCAGUAAGGACAGUUGACCUUAGAUCUCAGGAAGGUGAUGUCACUACGCAAAUUACCAAGCAGUAUCUUCCUUGCUACUAUAGGCCUAAUCUUGAAGCUGUAAGUGUACAGUAGCCUAUGUACUGUAAGGAUGUUGUUCACACACUCAUGUUCCUCUGUGGUCCCUACAGACAAUAGACUCUCCGACGCUGCAGAACCUGUCUUUCACUUUGAGGUCAGAUCAACUCCUGGCUGUCAUUGGACCAGUCGGGGCUGGAAAGGUCAGACUGACAUUUUAUACCGUGAAAAGCUCACUACAAGUUAGAGAUGAAGAUGCAUACAGUAUGUCUUAUGGGGCAUAUGGCGGCGGGAAUAUAAGCAUGUGGUAGUAGUACUCAACAACCUGAGAAUAUAUCAAUGAUUAUCAGAGCGAGGAUAUUGCCUUGCCAGUGUUUUGUUCUUGACGGCUGGCUAUGCUGAAAGCUUGACCUUAAUCUUCAUUAAACCCUUAAAUGGGCAGUAUGCCACUGCAUUCCUUAAUCAAAUUACAAUUUACUUUCUAGUCUUACUUUACACCUGGUAGAGUUGUACUGUUUCAAUGCCAUAUCUUAACUUCUGAGAGGCCCACACAGAAUGUUGCGACUCUCCAGUGCUUCAGGAAUAAAAAGCAACUGAGGAGCAACAAUAUUCUGUGUGCGAGCCCCUCAUUUCUUUAUCUAAGUAUUAUUUUAUCUUUUUUUUCUUAUCUUUAAUAACUUAUCUCAUAUCUUAGUCCUCUCUGCUCAGCACCAUCCUGGGGGAGCUGACCCCGGAUAAGGGCGUGGUCAAGUUCAAAGGUGAACUGACCUACGCAUCCCAGCAGCCCUGGAUUUUCCCAGGGACCAUCAGGAGUAACAUCCUGUUUGGCAAAGAGCUCCACCCUCAGAAGUAUGAGAAGGUCCUCCGAGCCUGUGCUCUCAAGAGAGUAAGACUCUCAUUGACAAAUAUUCAUAAUCUGAAUCAUUGCCGUUCUGGGUUAAAUAGAUCACUAUAAACGUUCUGUGCAGUGCACUGUGUGAAUGUGAUUGAUUCCCCAUGGUAAGUGUCGUAGUCUGCUACUGUCUGUAUGUGUAGGACAUGGAGAUGCUGCCUGAUGGGGACCUGGAGGUGAUAGGGGACAGAGGGGCCACCCUCAGCGGGGGACAGAAGGCCCGGGUAAGCCUGGCCAGGUACGUCUCUCUCUCUGCCCUUAUAUCCAAAAGCAGUAGUGGAACACAUCCACUUUAUAUUACAAAUAGGGCCAAGUGUUUUCCCUAGCCAGGUCAUAUGGUCAAGAAAACCAAUUUUCUGUCAUUAUAACAUAUAUUAUGUAUUGUUUUUAAGUUAAGUAUGUAUUAUAGCUGUUGUGUCAUUGGUUAAAGUGAAUGAACCCGUGUGUGUGUGUCCUUCCUUCCCAGAGCAGUGUACCAGGAUGCUGAUAUCUACCUGCUGGAUGACCCUCUAAGUGCUGUGGAUGCUGAGGUGGGGAAACACCUCUUUGAGCAGUAAGUCCUUGAGCAGCUGGAAACAUUCCCACUAGCACAGCAUCUCUCUCCCACAUGCAGUUUGAAUACUUUGACAAAACUAGUAUGCUGUUUAUAACAUGGUUUGUUGUGCUGCUAUCUGUCUAUUUGCCUAGGUGUAUCUGUGGCCUGUUGAGGAAGAAACCUCGCAUCCUUGUCACCCAUCAGCUGCAGUACCUGAAGGCUGCAGACCAGAUCCUAGUUCUGAAGGAAGUGAGUGUGUGUAUUUGCGUAUGGGUGGCUCAAAUGGGGUACCAUACCAUCUCUAUUCAUGGGUUUCGUCACUAUUGUUUUUGAACAUUUGUUUAAGGAUGACGAUCGACUGAGCGUUCUACUCAAUGCAUUGUCAAUUGGCGCUGAGGAAGAUUUAAUGAACAGGGCAUUACAGUGGUUUGGAAAUUAAGCAAAUAAUUAGUAGGAAAACCUUUUGUCAUAAUUUUGAUGUCAGAUUUACUUUAGAUGCAGUAUAAUGUUCGCUAGCUAGCUAAGAUUGAGGGGAGACCACCGGAUUUUAGCAUUGCUAGCUAUUUUUGACAAACUUUGCAAGCUAAUGACGACAUUGCUAUCUGUCUAAAGUAAAUUUGAAGACAUGAUAAUGAUGGCAAAGUUGAUUCCUACUAAAUAUUUGCCUUCUUUAGCAAUGUCAUCGUAUUUCCAGGCCACUAGUGUAAUUUAGACGAAACCGUCGUAAGCCCCUGUUCAGAAUGGUGGGCAUCUCUGGACUUUUGGGCACCAAUAUGGCUGCUGUGUCUGUAGAAUGUUCUUAACAAUGGCAACGACGUGACAGAGGUGCAAACCAUGAAUAGCACAAAACUUUGUAAACACACUUCAGAGGGCUGACUAAGAAUCUUCUCUUUCUAGGGUCACAUGGUGGCGCGGGGUACGUUCACGGAACUCCAGGGCUCCGGAGUGGACUUCACCACGCUGCUGAAAAACGAUGAGGAGGACGAGGGGAAGGGGGACACAGAGCCUGCCCCAGGCACACUCACCGGCUCCCCACACACCCUAUCCCACAGCUCUAUGCCCUCCCUCUCCUCCUCCAUGCAUUCUGUGAUGGAGGGAGUGGACCAACCAGAGGUGGGUAACAGUGUAGUAACACCCUCCCCCCUUUGUGUGUGUGUACUUCCAUUCAGUAGCAGUUGAGACAGUGAGACAGCAAACUGCAUUGACUAUCCAUGUCCAAUAGAGGUCGCAGAACAAAAACUCUGUUUUUCUGAGACUUGGCUCUCCUCCGACAUCCAAACAGAAUAUAUACAACCAGCGGGGUUUACAAUUCAUUGAAUGGAUAGGAAGCGGGCUCUCUCUGGCAAGAAGAAAGGCGGUGGCGUCUGCUUUAUUACCAAUAACAAGUGGUGUGAGGGGGAAACGUACCGGAACUUGCAAGCUUCUGCUCUAUCGCCACUGCUUUGUACAUCCCGCCCCAGGCAGACACCAAAAAUGCUCUCAAGGAUCUUCAUUGGACCUUGAAUAAGCUGAAGACCGCGUGCCUGGAGGCAGCAUUCAUUGUCGCAGUGGACGCAAUUUGAGGUCCGUGCUCCCCAAUUACUAUCAACACAUUGACUGUCCAACUUGCCGAAAUUCUAGAUUUGACAACUGCUACACGCCUUUUCGACAAGGGAAUAAGGCCUUCUCCUUUCGGCAAAUCUGACCACGACUCCAUUUUGCUCCUUUCCGCCUACAAACAAAGACUUGAGGGAAGUUGCGGUGGUCAGGUCUGUGCAACGCUGGUCUGACCAAUCACAAUCCAUGCUCCAAGACUGUUUUGAUCACGUGGACUGUUUUGAUCAUGUUCCGGGGCGCCUCUGGGGACUAAAUCAAUGAAUACACAGACUCGGUCAACGGAUUCAUAAAAAAAUGCAUAGAUGAUAUGAUACCGACGGUGUCUUUCAAAACUCACCUGAAUCAAAAACUGUGGCUUGAUGGCAGCCUUGUCGGGAAACUGAAGGAGAGGGAUGCUGCUUAUUAAUACUGCAAGGAGACCAGGGACCAUUGCAUGGUUAAACAGUACAAAUACGACCUUCGCAGAUCGAUCAAGAUGGAGAGACACAAGUAAAGGGACAAAGUGGAGGAGCAAUUCAGCGGGUUGAACACGAUGCGUAUGUGGCAGGAGCUUCUAACAAUCAAGAAUUACAAAAAGAAAGCCAGUCAUGUCGCUGACACAAACGCCACCCUGCUGGAUGAGCUAAACGCCUCCCACUUCGAGCAUAACGGCUCUGAGCUGCCGAGGAGAGCCCCUGAGGACAACGAGGGCUACGUGUUUACAGUCUCCACAAAGGACGUAUGUAAGAGUUAACCCUCGCAAGGCUGCCGGCCCAGACGGUCUCCCUAGUCGCACCCUCAGAGUAUGUGCAUACCAGCUAGCUGUUGUGUUUUCGGGCAUUUUGAAUCUCUCUCUAGCUCAGGCUGUUAUCCCCACCUGCUUCUAGAUGUCCACUAUCAUCCCUGUGCCCAAGAAAUGGGAAGUAACUGAACUGAAUUACUACUGACCCGUAGCACUCAUUUCCGUCAUCAUGAAGUGCCUCGAGAGACAAACACCACCUCCCUCCCAGACACACUCGACCCUCUCCAAUUCGCCUAUCGCCCUGACAGUUCCACAGACGACGCAAUCGCCAUUGCAGUACCAACUGCCCUUAUGCAUUCCUUUUGUCCAGGUGGGUAUGUGAGGAUGUUGUUCUUUGACUACAGCUCAGCCUUCAAUACCAUAGUGCCCUCUAAGCUCAUCACAAAGCUCUCAACCCUGGGACUGAACUUCUUAUGCAACUGGGUCCUGGACUUCUUGAUGGGCCGCCCCACAGGUGGUGAAGGUAGCCAACAUUACCUCCUCCACAUUGAUCCUCAACACUGGGCCCCACAAGGGUGUGUCCUCAGUCCCCUCCUGUACUCCCUGUAUACCCACGACUGCGUGGCCUCACACAGUUCCAACUCCAUCAAGUUCGCUGACGACACAACAGUAGUAGGCCUGGUUACCAACAACGACGAGACGGCCUACAGAGAGGAGGUAGGCACUCUGACGGCAUGGUGCCAGGUAAACAACCUCUCCCUCAACGUCAGCAAAACAAAGGAGCUGAUUGUGGACUUCAGGAGGAACCAGGUUGGGCACGCCCCCAUCCUCAUCAACGGGGACACCAUGGAGACGGUCAAACAUUUUCAAGUUCCUCGGCGUACUCCUCUCCGAUGAGCUGAAGUGGUCAAACCACACGGACACCGUGGUGAAGAAGGCACGGCAGUGACUCUUCAACCUCAGGAGGCUGAAGAAAUUCGACCUCUCCCCGAGGGCUCUCACAGUGUUCUACAGGAGCACCAUCGAGAGCGUGCAGUCGGGCUGCAUCACGGCCUGGUACGGCAACUCCACUGCCGCUGACCGCAAGGUUCUACAGAGGGUGGUACGCUCAUUGCCUUCCCUUUCGCAGGAAGGCCAAGAAGAUCAUCAAGGACCUCAGCCACCCAAGUCACGGCCUGUUCUCCCCGCUUCCAUCACUCAGACGCACUGUUGGAGCUUGGAGCAUAAUAAUUUCACUGUACCCUGCGAUUACAUCCUGUGACUUAAACUCAUCUACUCUACUGAAGUAAAAACAUUUGUCUGCUGCUUCCUCUUUUCUCCCACCAGAGGGCAGUAGAUAUUCUCGCUUGAUCUACCAUCACGGUGGGCCUACAUCAGGGUUCCCCAACAGGCAGGCCGAUUUGCCCGGCGGGUAGUUUUAUUUGGCCUCCCAAAUUUUCUGAGGCAAAAAUACAAAAGUAAAAAUGUUGUUGGAUGUAAAAGACUGUAAAAACACCAGCAAAUCAGCUCAGAGAUUUUAGUUUUGGAAAUCUGUUCCGAAGUAUUCCCAUGCAUAAUAGAGAUGUAUGUGUGAUAGCUUACAAACGUAAGCAAGGUUUGAAAUGAUUGUUUUAGUCAAAUAUUAUAUUUGUUUGGGCUUCUUGCGGUCAAUUUGCAGUCUACAAAUUAUUUCCAAUUAUGUUCUGGCCCCCUGAUCAUCUGCUCAAGAAAAAAAUUGUCCCGCGGCUGAAUCUAUUUGAUUAUUCCUGGCCUACAUGUACAGAGUAACUGAAUCAUUUGCAUUACUAUUUGUGUGUAUUUUUAGCCAGUGCAACACAUGGUGGAGGAGAGUCGUUCAGAGGGAACCAUCGGUCUCCAUCUUUAUCUGAAGUACUUCAGAGCAGGCGCUAACAUCCUGGUUCUCGUGGCCCUAGUUUUCCUUAACCUGCUGGCACAUGUGAGUGGCUUUUACACUACACUAUAACACAGUAAAGGUAUUUUAAUGUAGCAACAAAACCGGAAUCACAAAUUGGCUAUUGAACAUUUUCUAACAUACAGUAGGAGAUCAAUGUGAUUGUAAGGAAUAAUGUGAAAGGUAGAACUAAUGUGCUUUUUCAUAUAUAUUUUCAAGAUCACAUAUAUUCUACAGGAUUGGUGGCUUGCUUACUGGUGAGAAAUUCAAUCAUUUAAUGUUUUGAUUUUGUUAAUACCUAUGUUCAGUUGCUGAAUUUGUCCCAAAAAUGAUUUUGACUUAACAUUUAUAACCUGUUUGCUUACAAAUGAAUGAAAUAAUUGGUCAGAACUUUGUGAGAGCUCAUGGUUGAUUGGACUUUAUUGAAAUACCAUUGGUUUUAUGAUCCCCACCUAUGGUGUUUUUGUUGACCUUGAUGUGUUGCCAUUCAGGCUGACCUUGUAUCCCGGGUUAGGAUCAUAUUGCUUUGUACCUUGCCUCCAGCUUUCUGCUUUCUUCUAUUGAUGACUGCUGUGUUUAUUUGUCCUUGUGGCUUUCAUUCCUCUGUGCCGGGCAGGGCCUCUGAACAGGAGCAUCUCAAUGUGACGGAGCCCAUCCACAAUGGUAGCAGUGCCACUCAGCAGCUGGACCUUGACCUUUACUUGGGUGUUUACGCAGGUGAGGCACAGUGAGCUCCGCUCCCUUUGUCUGCCGCUGAGGCUCCGCACAACCCAGCCAUUCACUGAGCACAUCCCCGGGCUUUGGCUGGAGCCCAAGGCCUUCAAGGCCCAGUGUCUGUACUCUGUGUACGGGCCUCAGCUGCUAGGGAAGAUAGGAGUGCUCUUCUUGUCUUCAAGAGUUGGAUUGCUCUCAGGUCUGAUGUGAUUGUCUUCCCAUGACUCCUCACCUAUUCAGUUUCCCCCUCAGCCUGUGUUCACAGUCACUAUUGGCAGCUCAGCCUUUGAGAAUAAAAAGUGAAUCACUGAGGGAGAGAUUGUAGUGGAAUCUAGCCCCAUUUGGAGUUUUCAAGCCCAACAAUGGUGCAGUAAAGUGAACAAUUGACCUACUUGGAGCAGGAAGAGGGGAAAAAUACUACUGCACACUCCUGAUGUAUUUUUUAUUUUUUUACCUUGUUCUGUUUGGUGUGUAGGUUUAACGGGGGCCACAUUCAUAUUUGGCUUCCUGCGUAGUCUUGUGUUCUUCAACGUGCUGGUGAACUCAGCCCAGACCCUCCACAACCGCAUGUUCACUGCCAUCCUCCGCACCCCUGUCCGCUUCUUUGACAUCAAUCCCAUUGGUAAGGGGCCCGGCCAUUCCAGGGUUAUACCGUUCUUCAAGGACACACAGUAUGUUUCAAGGAGAGAUGCCAUCCUUACCUAUUUAAUUUUAAAUGUACAGUAGGUUUGCUUACAUUUUGGAGUCCUCAUCUUAAAUGACCAUUCUGUCCACUAGAGUGCAGACUAUUCCUGGGACAUACCAAAGCUUCUGCCUUGGCUUACAUACAGUAGGGUAGAUGCACACCUAUGUCUGUCCCCACUUUACAACUGCUCUCCACUGAGGUAAACACAAAAACACCUUUAGACAAUAGAUUUGUAUCUGUUAAAAUUCAAAAUAUUAGAUUUGAUUCAAAUCAAAUACAUGCACUAUUCUUAGUAAUAUUGUUAUUAAUCAAUCUAAAUAAAUUGUUCACGUAAUAAUAUUUUUACAUUUUAGUCAUUUAGCAGACACUCUUAUCCAGAGCGACUUAGUUAGUGAGUGCAUACAUUUUUCAUAUAUCUGCUAGAUAUGGUUACAAUUCCUGAGUGAUUAUUAUUACAGGCUUACCUUGACUUUAAAGAGCUACUUGCCACUUUUUAGUUAUAUGGGGACUGUUUAGGGGUUAAGGACAAUACUGUCCAUUUGGUCCAUCCCAGAGUUGAUUUUGUUUCAAAUAACUGCUUCAUAUAAACUAAUCAUUAAAACCAAUCACCCGAGAGGCCAAUUCUGAGUCAAAAUGCAUGUGAAAUAAGUCUAGACUUAGGUGUAACGUCUUUUGGAAAUGAGUGAGAAGAGGGUUAUCUAUUAACCAUGAGCCUGAACCAAGAAGCAAACAAUGAUAUUGAAUGAAUACUGUUUGCAGUAGGUCUUGGACAGAGUGUGGUAUUUGAACGACAGAGCUGAGCAAAUACAGGUCGAUUUGCCUUGUGUGUUGUAUCAGAAAUCUUUGAUUAUUUAAUUAGCUUUAUAGGCUGUAGCUGUUUGGACAGAGUGGAGUGGGCAUAUGGACAUGAUCUUAAAACUGAGCAAACACUACAACUAAGAUUACCUGCUCUAAAGGAGACUUCCUCCUUAUCUUCAUAUAACAAGGCUGCUUCACAAUACGUCUCCAUAUAAAGGCAGUUUCAACAAGUCUACCUAAAUUGUUCAAUUUGAAGACUAAAUUAGUUCUUCCGCAUUUUUAAAUUUGACUUCAUCUGAAAGUUGAUGGUUCUGUGGUAAAUGUAUGUUUAGGUAAGGUAAUGUCAUUGCCCAUUUUCAUUCAUAUCCCAGGUCAAAUGUCAUGGGCCACUUUGAUAACUAGUCUUUUUCUAGGCCAUUGUUCACCUGUCGGCACAUAAUUACUCAGGCUAAUCUCUCCAUAGUGACAUGCAUGUACAGCACAAUCAGCACGGUUGGGAAUUUUCAGCAUGAAGGAAACUUUUAUCAGUAUAAUGAGUCACAAAAGAUGGUAACAAAACUGCAAGUAUGAUUUGAGGGUGUUUUUCGGUAGCGUUGUGGUUUCUGUUGGCAUUAGAAGUGGGUGUAGCGAGGCAGGUUGCGUUUGGAGCAAACACUGUGGGUCUUAAUCUUAGGGUUUUGUUUUUACUGCUGCCGUUCUGUUGUGUGCUCGUCUACCUGACGGCUUAUCUGGGCGUGUACCUCCCUGGUAAUCUACACAUAGGAGGAGCACAAACAGUUUGAAUAAUGUAAUAAUCUGUUUAAUAGCGCAGUAAAGGAGAAGCUUAACAGACACUGCUAUCUGAUUGCUGUUGUGUUAUCAGUAACCAUUGAUGGACUGGUCCAAUCAUUCCAGCUUCAGCCCUAGACUGGAAAACACUCCAGUAUGUCUGACCGGAUUCAGAUCAGACACAACAACGUUAUAUUAGAACAUAGGUUCUCCUCUGGCCCACCCCCCAAAAAAAGACAUUGACAACAUAUCAAACCACCACAACAUAUUUCUGCCAGUUUUGAAUGGCAUUCCCAAGGUUUGUCUAUCUGUUAUGUAGUCUUCUAAAUCAUGCUGUACUUUUCCCAUGCUGUAAUUGUGAAGUAGGUACAUCCCGUGAAUGAAUAGAACGAUAGACCGAGCUAUUGUCAUCAGGGGCAUUGUCAGCACUGGUAUUACUGUCUCUCUCUCUCUGUUGUGUUUUUCUCUCAGACUUUUUGCAGCAUAAUGUCUGUGACUUUCCCUUGUUGCCAACAGAAGUGUGAGUGAUGCACUUGUAAUUGUGCCCGCGUUGUUAAGGAUAUGACAGCUGUUUACACUUGUAAGUGAUGUGUGCUGCUGCUUCUGAACAGGCCCUGUGUUUGAUACGUUGUUGGCUGCCAAUACAGUCUUACUGGGAGUUAAAGGUUACCACUGCACAAAAGUCUUCUGUGUCAUGCGAUAGAUGUGGUUUGUAUAACAAUUGAACUAAUCAAUGGCGGGUUAUGAUUGAUGGAUAGCUAGUCUAGAUAGCUAUUGUAGCUCCGCAAUACUGUAUGUUUGGCUGAAUGACUUUGGAGGCUUUUUUCGUGAUAUUCGAUUGUUUGACAAUCUUAUUAUGUCUAGAUAGAUUUAAGUUGGUUAUGAUGCGUAAAACAACAUUUGACUGAAUAUCCAGAUAUAACACGAUAGCUGUUUCUUUCAACAUGAUACUCACAUGUUUUGUGAUUAUCACUGCUCAACCAAUGUGUUCCAUUGAGAGCAGCAGUGGAUGUGUUGAGCUGAUGUUGAUCCCUUUAAUUUAGUGUCAUUGAAUGGGCUAAUCCCCUCAGAGACUGCAGGCCCAGGCCGAUCAGCACAGUUCCGUAGUGAAGUAUCAGCGGUCAUCACACACACGUACCUGCAUAGACACGCAUGCAGGCAACACACACACACACACACACACACGUACCUGCAUAGACACGCAUGCAGGCAACACACACACACACACACACAUACACUCUCCCUUUAACAUCUACCCUCACUUAUCAGCUGAGAGUUCAACUCCAGUGUCUGUUGACACAGGGAAAUGUCAAUACAAUGUCUAUGUAACAACAGGACAAUCUAACUGUGUCUACGGAGGCAAUGUUUUUAAUGUCUAUAUUUGUUAUUUUGGGCUCCAGUAUCAGUGUAGGAGAGAAGUGGUGAAAGAGCUGCAGAGAGGACGAUGAUAUCGAAGUGUGCAAAUUGAAUGUGGAGAUGGAGCCGUGUGUGUGUGUGCAGUGUGGCUGAUAGGGCUCUCCUUCACUCACCACUUCCACUAUUUAAUUGCAUGAAAGGGAAGUGGAGGAGAUUGCAGGACCCUGGAGGUGUGAGCGGAGAGAAUGGAUUUAGAAUGUAUUAGUAUUGGCAGCAAGGUGCCGGCGGGGCGGGGUGGGGAGGCGGCCCCGGCCCCCAGGCCUCUGGGCUUCACAAGAGUUCAGGUGAGCUGUAGCCCACCACCUCAGCAGCCUCCAGCCCCAGCAGCAGUCAGCCCACUCCCCAAUUCCCUGCAUUAUCGCUCCCGCCUCAGUGAAAGGCCGGCCCAACAGCAGCGGGGCCCACACAUGGAGUGGCUCAUAGUGGCCCCCUUAUCUAGAUGUUUACAGGGAACAGCGAUUUGCCACACGCCCUGCUCCAGCUCCAGACCCCACUGUUCCACUGCUUCAACUCUGAUCGGAGAGCCCUGCUCGCCUAAUGUCUCCACCCAAGGGGCCGCUACCUCGCUCGGAAAGGCCUGACAUUUCGCCAGCCCCCCAAAAAGUGGUGCAAAUCACCCCUGGAGACUAACACCAUGAGAAAUGGUUUGAUAUUAAUGCUACUGAUAUCCUGAAAUUUCUAUCCCCCUCCACCACACAAUAUGUGAUAUUGUUGACAGCAACCAGUCGUGAUUGAAGCUAUUGUUCCGGACCUGUCUUACCUCAUAGGCAUUUCCAUGCACUGAAUGUCUUUGUGUAACUAUAUCCCUGUAAUGGAUCUUACCUAUAGUUUGUUGAGGGAUUUCAGGUGCAUCACAGUUGAAACGGCGAGCUGCUAGUGAAACAGCUGAUUGCUCUCUGGUGCGCAUACCCCCUGAAACCAUGGUAUGAUGUAACUCGGGGUAAUGUAUCCUGUUUCUGUACGUUUUUGUUUGCUGGAUUCACAUGAAUUUAGGUCAUCUAUGGCUUAGACAGUAACAUUAUACAUGCGUUAUAGGAUCUUCCACAAACACAGUUUGACAAAUAAUUCACCCCCCUCCUGUUUCCAGAAGAAAGCGGAGAGACUAGGAAAAUAACAACAGUCAGCCGCGUUACUUCCCCCUUGGCUUGAGCCCUCCCCUCAGGAAGUCUGCAUGCUAAAGGGCCACUCACACUGUGAAUAAGAUUAGUCUGCCUCCAAGUGUACAACAUGCUUACGCCACUUGACUUUGAAUCAGUGCUGAUUUGGAGGCAUUGCUGGGUUGUAAGGGGGAAUAAUGCUCCGGCUGGGUUUAUGCAAUGGCUGUUAUGGAAAGCCCUGGCCUCGUCUGCAUGCAUGUUUUUAGGCGGGAGCGGGGAGCAGCAGCGGUGGUUUUGGAUAAAGCUGUAAGCUGCUUAUGGCCGUGGAGAGUAGUGAUUACAGGGCCCACCACCAUGGGACCCUCUGGGAGCUGCCGAGACAACUUUUAGGUCACCUCCACAUCCCUCCAAACCACCCCUCCAUUCUCCCUGCCUUCCUAUAGUCAGCUAGCUCCCUCCUGGCUGCUCUAACUGAGCUGGCAGUGUGUUUGGAGAAUGAAGCUCACUACAGGGAGGUGAGGCCCUGAAUACUAGAGGCCUGCCUAGCAUACACUCCAUUUAUGAACCAGAUAGUACUACGCGUGUGGUGACCUGACACAUUGUGAGUGGGUUGUUAUGGUGAGUCAUUCUGACACUAUCUUGAAGUAAAAGGGAUGACAAUCAACGUGCAGUCUGUUAGUGUCCUUCAGCCAAUUCAAGUGGUGUUGUCACUCCUAGCCCUACAUGGUGCUGAACAGCAUCCGGCCACACUGUUCAAUCUGAAGUAUUCUUCCUCCAAGCCAAGUGAUAUGAGAAGCGCUCCUUUCUGUCCUGCCAGUCUCUCUGCCCAUGGCUUUGGGAUUAGCUAUGACUGGGCCUUACAGUAAACUGUGUGUGCUUGUGUAUGUGUGCGUGUUUGUGUGAAAGCAGCUGGAGUGUAAUCUUAUGUACUCGGGGAUCAGGCUGGGGAGCAACGUUUGUAAAGGAUGCACAAUAAAGGGCGUCAGGAACACCUGCAGAGCCCCACUCCCUCCCGCUCCAGAAUAAUGAACACCUGAGCAGAUUGGACGCAACUCAAUUAACGUCAUUGACUCUGGCAGUCAGGACAGAAAGGCAGGUACGGAGAUUCUGUUUCCCCUUUGUUCCCAAACAAAAGGGUCCCCAACGUAUUCAGUCUAGAGUAGGGCAGGCUUUAUGCAGCCUAGACCAAAUAAUGAUUCAUUGUUUAAUUUAGAUAAGCCUCUCUAUUUGUCCAUCUGAUAUCGCCCUCUCAAGGUGUAUAUACAUCAUUCUAUUAAUAUAGCAGCCACCUAGGUAACAGAGAUUAAUUUCAAUAGAAGCAGCAACGGACUGUUGCAAAAGGAAUCUAAAACAUUAUUGAGUAACGUCUUACGUUGUGUGCAAAGUCCGCGAACAAAUUAGUCCAUGGAUUAGAAAUAUUAUGCUCUCUUGAUAUGUAGUGUUGUUCCUCCCAAUGUACGACAAGCUGACUUAAUGGUGCGAUUCAACAGAAGUCGAAAUGAGUCAUGUUUGCGCACCGCCCUGUGAAUAGAAUUCCUACUACUGUAAGUCUUAGACAAUGUCACAUCAAGCUUUCCUAAGGUUUAACUAAUGUGAAACUCAAUCACACCAAUUUGUCAAUUUUUUUAUUUUUCAAUACGUUUUUUAAAAGCUAAUGCUAAUCAACAUCACACACCAUAGUGAAACUAGAUACUACUACUUGACAGUGCACACAUGGUGCAGAAUACCCUCAUUGGUCCACAUGUCUAAUAUGUAACCUCUGUGCUCCAUCCCCUGUUGUGACCCAGGAAGAAUCCUCAACAGGUUCUCUAAGGACAUCGGUCACCUGGACUCUCUGCUUCCCUGGACCUUUGUGGACUUUAUCCAGGUGAGUCUCACCUCACCAGGUUCCUGCUGCCUGCCUCUCUCUUCUACUGCAUGGGGAGGCCAUUUCAUGCCUGGCUAGUCCUGCUUUGUGGUCCGGGUCCCCUAAUCUGGAAACAAUUACUGUAGGAUUACCCGCCAGCGCGGCCCAGCGCCCGCACAGAUUUAAUAAAAGUGUCUGCACAUAGGCAGAGGGUGUGGCCGUGGCUGCCUGGCGGUGCCACGACACAGGCCGCGACGCCAGGGAAUGUGUCAGGAGACUAGCAGAGUGAUUGGGAGAAAGAAAGGUACCACAUAGGAAAUAGUGGCUACAUCAGGAAGAUGUGGGAGAUGAGGCGGUGGUGAGUAGGAAGGAGAAGGUAGGAGGAUCUCUGGAGUGGCAAAGAGAGGGAGUGUGAGUAGCAGCCAUGUAAUAUGUGGAUGGAUGGAUGGAUGGAUGGACAGAGGUGCUGGAAGGGAACAGUAGAGGAGGAAUGGGACAGGUCAGUUGAAACAGAGAAAAGGAGACUAUCCUCUAGCAUCCUCUCCUGGCUGCUUGUCUACUGCAGGCCUGGUAGCCAAGGCCCACCCUGACGCAUAGCCAGGUAAAGUUACCCACCGCCACCACACAGCAGCGCAACAAUAAUCUCCCAGGAAAGAAAGGCCUGCGAAGAUGAGCCAGCUCAUGCACCUAGCACCACAAAAGAGGGAAUGUUCGCCGCACAAUCCGGUGUAGAGCAGCAGGCGUGGCUCCUUGGUUAGGGCCAAAGAAAGGAACAAAGCUGGGCUGAAAACGAAUCCCUCCUCCACAAUGCCUGAGUGAUGUUUGUGGCAGAUACCCAUCUCACAGGAGACAAAGCCAUCUUAAAUGGUGAAAGCACAAAAGAUCAUAAGCACAAAGGCUUUUUGUCCACCAUAGUUUUCCCAUUUUAAUAAUAAGGUGGAUAAUGGGCAGAAUAAAAUAACGCUGCGGAGGGCCUGUAGCACCAACUGAUAAACUGUUAAAGCUAGACUAGGUCAUAACAGAACAGAGUCUUGUGUUUGUGUUGCACAUACUCUAUAGCUUCAUGUUUAUCCAUCUCUUAUUGUAGAAACACAACAGAAGUUUAACAAUACGCAAAUAACAUACACUAUCUUUUAAUUAUUGUAUUAUGUUCAUUGUUUUGCUGUGAGAAAAUAUGUGUAGCCUAGGCAACCCAUGUUAGAACUAGGCUUUUGUUGAUUUGAACUAGCUGGUCAAAUCUAAUAUUGGAGCCCAGCCAGAUACCGUGCUGGCACUAUGUAUUCACAAUGUGGUCUUAUACUGCAAGAUAAAUAGGGACUCAUUGUGUGAGCGACAAAGGUGGCAUCAUUUCCCUUACAACAAAAAAAACACAUGCCAAAUUUGCAGUUUCACACAUGUGAAAUCUCAGUUUUACAUGUGAAAUCUGUUUUCACAUGUUGACCUUAAAUUUCACGUGAAACCAUAUUUUCAUGUGUAUUAAAUUUAGAGUUAAAAUGUUAACACCACUUUCACAUGAGUUGCUCAUGCGAAAUUAAUGGUUUCACAUGUUAACUUUCACGUGAAAAUUGGAUAUGCAGUUUUACAUGUGAAAGUUCGAUUUUCAUAUGAAAAAAAAUUUCACAUGUGGAAUUGCGAGUUCAUGUGGUGGUGAAAUAGUUGUAUUCUCCUUACAUGUGAAAUGGUGGUGUAGAAAUGUUUCCACGUACAGUAUGGAAUUGCAAAUUCUGUAAUGCCAUUCUGUAAAAAGGUAACUUAGCCUAACUAAUAAUAAUAAUAAUAAUAAUAAUAAUAAUAGAAAUAAUACUUAACACACACUAUUAUUAUUAUUGAUGUCUGAGCCAUCAAUUCAGAGUGUUACUGUUGCAGGCACACGCCUCUCUUCUUCAUACGUUGGUCAGUGACCGUUGGAAGAAGCCCAGUGAAAAGAAUAGAGAAACUAGCGCUGCUUGUCUCCUUAUUUAUCUGUUUUAACAUAUUAUAAUUAGCACUGUCAGAGUUGAUAAGUUAAAGAUGCACUCCGGGAUCUUAAACACAACAUACUGUACGUAACAUAUUGCACUAUUUGGAUUUGUACCAUAUCAGACGAAUUGCAAAAUUCGUAACAUAUCACACGAAAUGGAUGAUGUAGUACACAAAAAAUGGUACACAAAAAACGGGGACCUGUUUUGGCUCGUGAGCACCACUUUCAAAACUACUGGCUGAAAUUAUACAAGUUUGAGAGUGCAUCUUUUAACUCAAGUUAACUUUUUGAAAGCGUUCAAAAUACACUGAAAACAUCCAAAAUACAUCAUCUAUACAGGUAAAAACAACAAUGCGAUGUCAAAACAAGUUGACUUUGAGGUGUGUUUAUCCAUUUACCUGAUUUUGCUAACUGUUACUUUGUACAAAAUCUAAACAGCAAUAUUCUUGAAAUGCUUUCUGUAUAAAACAAAUAUUUCAAUUACAGCUCCAAGUUUAGCAAAUUAUGAAUUUGCGCUUAAUCGUGAUUAAUCACAGCAAAUCCUGCAAUAAACUCAGUUACAUUAUUUUAUGAUUGACAGCACUAGUUGACAUUCAAAUGUGAAAAUGCACAUGUGAAAGUGUAGAGGUCAUGAGUCGGUCAUGGUUGCUCAUGGUCACAUGAUGAGGUAGCCCUGCCCGCGACAUCAACAUUAGUGUUGGUCCUCUUGGUUCUGUGGUCAAGACGUCAUCGUCUCCCGUGGGAAACCCAGGUUUGAAUCCCGCCAGUUACAAAAUCACACAUGUGAAACGUAUAAUAUCACGUGAAAUGUCUGAGUCAAUUUUCAUGAGUCAGACAUGGUUUUCGGACACGUGUGACGUUUAAAAUUAAUUGUUCACCAUUUUCCCAUGUGACAUUUUUCCCAUGUGAUUUGUCAAAAAUUCAUGUGAAACGUCUCACGUGUCCAAAAACAAUGUGUCUGACUCAUGAAAAUUGACUCAGACAUUUCACGUGAUAUUAUACGUUUCACAUGUGUGAUUUUGUAACUGGCGGGAAAAAGUAUAUAUUUUUUGUGAUUUGUUCACACGGGAUUUCUUAAUACAUGUGUCUGAACCACGCUUUUACACGUGAUAUUAUUUUUCUAUUUUUUUGUAGACGUUGGACAAGUGCUUUUGUUUGCCGCUCUUUCUACUCUUGUUUGCAGGUGCCUUUUAUGGAGCACUCUUUUAAUGCUUUCAGGAAGGAAGAUUUUCACUCUUUUUAUCAAAGUAUUAGCCGGACAGAAAAGCUGCUGAUCCUGACCAUUGUUGCUCAUUCUUGGAGGGACAUUUCCCCACGGUCAUUGUUUAAAUGGUUGUCAGGGGUAAUAAAGGUAAACUCCAUAAACAAUGGCCUAAGUGGUUUAUCUCCAUCUGUGGGGAGAGGCCGCCUCUGUGUGGGGAUUUGCAUCAGAGCUGGGCCCUUUAUGGUGGAGUGAGCGCUUCACAGCCAUCACCCCCCCCCCCCCAAUACACUUCCUAACAAGGGGAUUCCCUCAACUUCGGGAACCCAGUUACAUUCCAAAGCCAUAUUUUUUCACGGGUUUCAUUUAGUCGCAAUUUAGUAUUUUGAAAAAAAGUGCAAUUUUCUCUUCCCUCUGUUAUGGGGACAAAGACAGAAAUGUCAAUUAAAAGCACCUCAGGCAGUGUAGACGGCCGGCCUUUGUGUGGACUUGACCUUUAAAUCCUGGGUUGCCUGUGCUUUGAGAGAUGGGGCAGGACAAUACAGGGGGCUCUGAAUGGACCCAUCCCUUGUGAAGGCUCUUGACCAAGUCACACCACUAACUGUGGGGUCCCUGCCUACAGUCAUUGGCCAUCAGUUAAAAUGUUGUUUGUCAGUAGAAUCUGGGUAAGAGACCAAGUCUGUUUGGACUUACGGGACUUCAGAGGGAUAUUUAGUAUGUUUUAAAAAUAAUUAUAUCCCUACAUUUUGCAAUGUUGUUUGGAUUCUGAACUAAAUAUUCCAAUUAGUUUUCUGGUGACCUUUAGCUUGAGUGGGACUGACCCUGGUCUCACCAGUUAGUAACAAGCAGAGGCCAACACAGCCCCCCGUCAUAAAUUACAGCAGGAAAGCAUCGGUGGUCUGGAGGUGGGAAGAGAACAGUCUGAGUGUACAAGAAACACUUUGAAGACACAUAGGGCAGAGGAUGGCCAUUGUUUGAAAACACUGGCGGGUGGAUCAGUGAUCGCUGUGCGAGACUGUAUAUUGUGGUACAUUGUGUGGUGGGCCUCUUCUCUGGUUUUGUGGGCUAUGAGAACUGCUGAUGUAACCGUGAGUGCUGUGUGGGAUGGGAUUUCACCGGCUUUCUCUGGUGCCAUUACCAGCCGGGUGACAGAGGAAGUGAAGAAUGCAUUGGCUCCAGGCACCACACAUACCUGGUUAGUCAGAAACACUAGAGGUCGAUCCAUUAUGGAAAUAUAUAUGCCAUAAAUUCCUAUUGAACAUUGUUAUCUGACAGGACCAUUGUCUUGCUGCUCACGGUGGAAAAACAUGAGUGACACAGAAAGGUGAGAGGCUGAAAAUAUUCAGUAAACUAACAUUUUGGGUUGUGUACUUGUGUAUUUUAUUUAGUUGUUGCACAUGCACUUUUAUCAUUUAGAGUGUGUGUGUCACUCAUUCAUUCUCUCUCUCUGUGUCUGUCACUGUGUCUUUCUGUGUGUCUGUGCAUUAGGAAGGGGGUUAGUUGUGACUCUGACACCUAGCAGUACCUCUCAUGGUGAUGGCGAGUAGGCACUGGCCUGUGAAAAGAUCCAGAGUCUCUGUGUGGUCUGGUCUCUCAUGGCACUGUGGUCUGGCACAUCUCCUGACUCAGCCAAGCUGGACAACCACUGCUAUGAGCCUGGGAACCCGGAGAGAGCGCGCGCGCGCGCACACACACUCUAGUCUACUAGGCUUUGCCCUGAGACCGCACCAACAACUCUAUCAGGAGGAGGAUGAUACCAUAUGAUGGCUUUGACUAUAAGGCUGCUAUUGUAGAACAUGUAUUGUAGUUUCCUUCCUGUUUCUACGAAAAUGUUUGUGUUGUGGUUUGUGUGUGUGACUGACAGACUGAGCGAGAGAGAAAAGGGGGCGGUUGUAUGGCUGUAUGUGAGGGCAUGCAGAGUGCUGGGCAGGCAGGGCAGCUGCUUUCUGGUGGAUGCUAGUGAUUUAUAUGAGAGAGAGAGGGAGAGCAUUUCAAAGCCUUUCUCUUAUUUCCAAAAUGGGGGUGGAAAUCAGCAGCUUGACUGAGCUCAAAUAAGUGACUUCUCUUACCUUUUCACAGCACACAAAGGCCUAAUCCUGGGACUACUUGAGCCACCAAUGUAGACAGCGACUGAGACCACCACAGUAUGUGUCAGGCCCUCCUCACCACACACAAAACACAUUGACUGCAGCUUUAUGAAGUGAAAAUGGCACAGAAAGGGAAAAUGUGAAGGAGGUGUCCACAGUAAUUUCUCCCAAAGAAAGGCCCCAGCAUCUGGGCAUUUAGGGGUAAAAUAAAGCCCAAAGCAGAGCAGAAUGGAUUGGGUCACUCCUAUUGUACCAGAGCCCAAGUGGAACGGCCUUGCUUUGUUUCAGUACCACUGACCCCUACAUUUUAUUGUGCCUACUCUGUCAGGGAAACCCUACUCUGUCAGGGAAAGUGUGUGGUGAAAAAAAUCUAGCGAUGACAGAGGAUUUUCUUUACCCCUUUUCUCCCUCCAUUUCCUGUUUUGUUUGUGGUUUUUUCCCCCCAGCAGCCGUCUCUCUCUCAAACACUGCACGCUGUCACUAAAGAAAGGGGAGGAUGAAAAAAGAGUUGUAAAGAAGCGUACCGAGUCCUCAUGUCCGGAGGGAUGUUUAAUUGUCGGGAAGUGUUUAUGCUCCGCUCUGGAACAACAGUUGCUAUCAGCACCCAGCACAAAUAUAGCAAUUAACUUCAAUUUUCUACAUUUAUUUGGACAUCAAAGACCUGAUGGUAUCACCUCCCAAAAUAAAGCAAUUAGGGGUCAGUGGAGAUGUGAAUGGUCUUUGGGCCCAGCAGUGUGCCCUGUUGGUAUGAAUGGGCUGCAUGGCAUCGCAUACCUACUGUAGCUUUCUUCUUUGGCUAAAGAGCAAUUAGAGGUAAUGCUUUAUUUAAACUGUUUAUAUACAAAAGCUUUUAUCCACUUUUAUGUGCAGCGGGCUAUGGCUUGCCUCGGACAGGGAGUUGUCCUGUUGUUCCUGUGUGGUUGCCGGGGGGGGGGGGGAGUCGGGGUAUAUGUGAUGUGGAUGAGGACAGGGGGUUGGUGGGGGAGGUAGGUCAGUGCUUAUCGGGGCUCAUCUGUGUGUAGUGUGGGUGGGGGCCGUGGUUUUUCUCCGAUGCUGACAUGAUAAGCGGCAGACCACGCAAAUGCCUGAGAUCAAACAGCUAAGGCCUUGGCGACAGUGUUGCCCAGGGGAGCAGGAGAGGCUGUGGCAGGACUCCUCUCUCUAAUGGAUCCUACUGCCUCCUAGACUCCUUCCUUCCCCUCAGAUGACCCUACUGUCAGACACUCACAGUAGACAGUAAAGAAUUAAAUGGGCUUUACACUAGACUACCAGCAGGCCAGUUUUGUCGCAUCUCAGGGAUUUGAAAAGGACUCCGCUAGUGUUACAUACUGCACAUCAUGACACAUCACUGUAGCAAAGCUCAAAAUCAAAGUUUUUUGGUAAAAUAGUGUUAUUUCAACUAUUGACAGAAAAUAAAAUAGGCCUACACAUUUGUUGAAAUGUGUAAAUAGUUAUGCCAGUCACUCAGUGUGAGCUUGGAUAACAUGCGGUAAUAGUGUGCGUCGCUCCCAUCUCACUUUGCAGUCCGGUAGCCUUCCAUCAUAGCCCAGAUUGAAACUUAUGUACUGUGAAAUUCUUGGGAUCAGUUGUGCUCAGUAGUUUCCACUCACUGCUUGAUUGUGUGUGCUGCAGCGCGGCGAUGGUGGGGCUGGUAAUACCUUCUUAUCUGCACUGUAAACGGAAUUGAGUGGCUUUUCAUCAUAAAACGACAUUGAAAGUGAUCAUGCUUAAACGUGCGCUUAAGCGCCCGAUAACAUCCAUAAUUAAGGUGCUAAAUUAAAUGUUCAUCUGGGAGGGCUAGUCUGAGACCAUUGAAGGUAACAUACUGAUCCUAAUCUGUUCGUCUUAGAAGUCAUUUUUGAGUUUGUCUCUAAUUUCAGGGUGUGAGGUUUCAAUUUUAUCAGCUAUCUAGUGAAUAUCAAAUAUGCCGUGGCAGUAUAUCUUUAAGGUAAAAUAUGUAGUGAAGGACUCUCUCAUACCGGUUUAUUAUAAUGCAAUCUACCAAGUUAAACUGUUUAGUUAAAUAAAACUAGUUUUCAGAUUUAUGAGUUGUUUGUACUAAAAUAAUACUAUAUACAAAGAUCAUAUUUGUGAAAAGAGUAUCUACUCUAUCCACCAAGUUAAACCAAUGAGAAUCAUCUGAUAUACAGUACAGUGAAAUAAUGCACUGCAAGGUCCUCAAUCUCUGUCAUUGGGUAGGAAACUGGUGUUUCUGCAGCCACCAAGGUUUCCGGUGCUGCUGUGUCACUGUCUGCAGUCCCUCCCGUUCAGGCAUCAGAUUGCAUGUGGCUAGUGGUCUACCUGCGUCAGGUGGCCAUUAACAAGAGUGAUGAGUCAUUGUGUUAUUGAGGCCUAUGUCAGGGCUAUGCGGUCUGCGUGUACUGAAGUAUCAGACACCCACAGUGUGGUUCCCACAGCUCUCUGCCAGUCACAGUGACUAUACAAUGCCUACUGGCUUAGGCCACAGCAACUUGGCGAGGGAGGCUUAAACCUUAGGUGUUGAAGGGAAAGCCCCUGGGGGUUAGGGUUAGGGAGGUGAGCCACAGUGGAAGAGCGGCAAAUUGUCACCUGCCACUAAGUGCCACCAUCCUCUCACCACUGUGACACACACGCACACACUCUUCACAUAGGCUGCUGCUACUCUGUUUAUUGUCUCUCCUUAUUGCCUAGUUACUUUUUCCCCUACCUACAUGUACGUAUUCCCUCUACCUCGUACCCCUGCACAUUGACUCUGUACUGGUACUCCUUGUAUGUACCCUCAUUAUUGUUAUAUUAUUUUGUUACUAUUUCCUUUUUUUUGGUGCAUAUUUUACUUACUUUUUAACACUGCGUCGUUGAGAAAGGGCUCGUAAGUAAGCAUUUCAUGGUAAAGUCUACACCUGUUGUAUUCGGCCCCUGUGACAAAUAUGAUUUGAUUUGACACACACUCUCCUAAUGUUGCUGUCACCUUCUGCCUUUGGAGCUGUGACAGAAAACAAGAGGGUUGCUUACAUCAUCCCUAGUGUAAGGACAGGCCUCCAACUUCAGCGGUAGCCCACAAGUCAGCAGGAGUCCAUUUACUGAGCUGAUGUUGAGCUCACCACACCGAUCUGUUCUCUCCCUCGGUGUUCUGUCUCCCAGGUGUUCCUGCAGAUCCUGGGGGUGAUCAUUGUGGCGGCUGCCGUCAUCCCCUGGAUCCUCAUCCCCAUCGUCCCUCUUCUCAUCGUCUUCCUGUUCCUGCGACGCUACUUCCUGCAGACCUCCAGGGACAUCAAGCGCCUGGAGUCCACCAGUAGGCUUCACUGUCUUUAGGGACAUGUCCGUUUAUGGUGGGAGACAAAGGGAGAGCUAGCGCGGGAAUGCUAAUAGACCAUUGAAUAGCAUUGAAGAAGGCCCUGUGCAUUAGCAUAAAAGGCUAAAGGUGGUUGUGGCCCAUGGGUUGCCCACACACAGUUUCCUUAAGCGCUGGGAGUUCAUGGCAUCAGAUACAAUGGAGGAAAUGCCAAGUGGGCAUGGCGGGCCCGUGGCAGGCACUAGUUCAUCCUCUGUAUUCAUCCUCUUUAUUCUGGGCUGAUAGAAGGACCGGUCCGCUGAUCUUAAGGAACAAAAGUGGCUAUUAAGAAGCUCCAAUGGAACGUUCAGGCUUUGUCUCUGUUUUUAUGAAGCCUAACGUUAAUACAUCUGGACUACAGGAAUGCUAAUAUUAGCCAUUUUCUUUAAACCAUUUCUUUCAGAAGCACUGCUUUUGGUAGCAAGGUGUACAUGAAAAUGUAUGGGAGACGUGCAUGAGGGGUUAUCACGUUAACUGUCAUGUCAGCUGAGCUUUAUAACAAAACAGACAAUUGAAUGUGUUCAUUCGUCUGUAUUGAAGCCGGAUUUAACCAGCUUUGUACAGUCUAGCAAAAUGGUGUGUUCUUUUGAAAGAAAUGAAUAAACACUGUGUAUACUAGAGGUGUUUUAAAUGUUAACUUCUUCAUUCAGAAUUUGGUUGUUAUCCUCUACAGCCCGGAGCCCAGUUUUCUCCCACCUGUCCUCAUCCCUCCAAGGUCUGUGGACCAUCCGUGCCUUUAAAGCCCAGCAGAGGUUCCAGCAGGCAUUUGACGCACAUCAAGACCUCCACUCCGGUAAGAACCAGAACUGAUGUCUACACACAGAAUUACAUGUUUUAAUUUGGUGUAAAAACUAUAGUAUACAAUCAGUAACCAUGCUGUGUUCCUUUUGCAGAGGCCUGGUUCCUAUUCCUGACCACAUCCCGAUGGUUCGCAGUGCGUCUGGAUGGCAUCUGCUCCAUAUUUGUCACCAUCACUACCUUUGGCUGCCUGUUCCUCAGGGAUGGUACAGUAUGGCUCCUAUAUCAACCAUAAUAAUAAUCACCUGGCCAUACAUAUAAUCAACAGUAUACACCACAUACUCUGCAGUACUUAGAGGAACAUGCAGUACAGUGAGUUAGUUUCUCUCUUUCCUGGUGUGACAGACUUGAAGGCAGGUGCUGUGGGCCUGGCUCUGUCCUAUGCAGUGACCCUCAUCGGCAUGUUUCAGUGGGGAGUCAGACAGAGUGCAGAGGUGGAGAACAUGGUAAAAACCUCUUUACUGAUUAGAUCAAUGUCUUGACUUGCCUGGCUGAAGAAAAGUUGAAUAAUAUAGUUAGCUAUUAAAAUAAUGUAGCUAUACUUGUUUCUAGUUUUGCUAAUGUACAGUGCAUUUGGAAAGUAUUCAGACCCCUUGACUUUUUCCACAUUUUGUUACAUUACAGCCUUAUUCUAAAAUGGAUUAUAUUGUUUUUUCCCCUCAUCAAUCUACACACAACACCCCAUAAUGACAAAGCAAAAACAGAUUUUUAGAAUUUUUUGCAAAUGUAUAAAAACUAAAAACUGAAACAUUUACAUAAGUAUUCAGACCCUUUACUCAGUACUUUGUUGAAGCACCUUUGGCAGCGAUUACAGCCUUGAUUCUUCUUGGGUGUGACGCUGAUUUUAAACACCUGAUUUUGGGGUAUUUCUCCCAUUCUUCUCUGCACAUCCUCUCAACCUCUGUCAGGUUGGAUGGGGAGCGUCGCUGCACAGCUGUUUUCAGGUCUCUCCAGAGAUGUUCGAUCGGGUUCAAGUCCGGGCUCUGGCUGGGCCACUCAAGGACAUUCAGAGACUUGUCCCGAAGCUACUCCUGCAUUGUGUUGGCUGUGUGCUUAGGGUUAUUGUCCUGUUGGAAGGUGAACUUUUGCCCCAGUCUGAGGUCCUGAGCGCUCUGGAGCAGGUUUUCAUCAAGGAUCAAUCAAAUUGUAUUUAUAAAGCCCUUUUUACAUCAGCAGAUGUCACAAAGUGCUAUACAGAAACCCAGCCUAAAACCCCAAACAGCAAGCAAUGCAGAUGUAGAAGCACGGUGGCUAGGAAAAACUCCCUAGAAAGGCAGAAACCUAGGAAGAAACCUAGAGAGGAACCAGGCUCUGAGGGGUGGCCAGUCCCCUUCUGGAUCUCUCUGUACUUUGCUCCGUCCACCUUUCCCUUGAUCCUGACUAGUCUCCCAGUCAAUACAUGUUAGAAACACCUUUGGCAGCGAUUACAGCUGUGAGUCUUUUUGGGCAAGUCUCUAAGGGCUUUGCACACCUGGAUUGUGAAAUAUUUGCCCAUUAUUCUUUUCAGAAUUCUUUAAGCUCUGUCAAGUUGGUUGAUGAUCAUUGCUAGACAGCCAUUUUUAAGUCUUGCCAUAGAUUUUCAAGCAGAUUUAAGUCAAAACUAACUAGGCCACUCAGGAACAUUCACUGUCUUCUUGGUAAGCAACAUAAGUGUACAUUUGGCCUUGUGUUUUAGGUUAUUGUCUUGCCGAAAGUGUCUGGUGGAAAGCAGACUAAACCAGGUUUUCUGUUUAUCUUUAUCCUGAAAAACUCCCCUGUCCUUGCCGAUGACAAGCAUACUCAUAACAUGAUGCAGCCACCAUCAUGCUUGAAAAUAUAGAGUGGUAAUCAGUGAUGUGUUGGAUUUGGCCCAAACAUAAUGCUUUGUAUUGGGCACAACAAGUUAAUUCCUUUGCUAAAUUUUUUGCAGUAUUACUUUAGUGUCUUUUUGAAAACAGGAUGCAUGUUUUGGAAUAUUUUUUAUUCUGUACAGGCUUCAUUCUUUUCACUCUGUAGUUACUCCACAAUACUAAUAUAAAACAACUGUUGAUCCAUCCUCCUUUCACAGCCAUUAAACUCUGUAACUGUUUUAAAAUCAGCAUUGGCCUCAUGGUGAAAUCCCUGAGCGGUUUCCUUCCUCUCCGGCAACUCAGUUAGGAAAGAUGCCUGUAUCUUUGUAGUGACAUCCAAAGCCUAAUUCAUAACUUCACCAUGCUCAAAGGGAUAUUCAGUGUCUGCUUUUUUUACCAUCUUCCAAUCGGUGCCCUUCUUUGCGAGGCAUUGGAAAAGCUCCCUGGUCUUUGUGGUUGAAUCUGUGCUCGAAAUUCACUACUCGACUGAGGGACCUUACAUAUAAUUGUGUGUGGGAUACAGAGAUGGGGUAGUCAUUAUAAAAUCAUGUUAACCACUAUUAUCCAUUUAACUUUUCAUGUGAUUUGUUAAGCAUAUUUUUACUACUGAACUUAUUUAGGCUUGCCAUAACAACGGGGGUGAAUACUUACAGUGCAUUCGGAAAGUAUUCAGACCCCUUGACAUUUUCCACAUUUUGUUACGUUACAGCCUUAUUCUAAAAUUGAUUAAAUUGUUUUUUCCCCAUCAUCAAUCUACACACAUCAUCAAUCUACACACAAUACACCAUAAUGACAAAGCAAAAACUGGGUUUUAGAAAUGUUGCUCCAUUAAUCUUUCCCUCGAGGGUCUGAAUAAAUAUGUAAAGGUAUUUCUGUUUUCUUAUUUUUUUAAUACAUUUGGAAACAAAAUCUAAAUAAUCUUUAUAGGGGAUUGUGUGUAGAUUGAUGAGGAACAUUUUUAAUUUAAUCAAUUUUAGAAUAAGGCUGUAACGUAACAAAAUGUGGAAAAAGUCAAGGGGUCUGAAUACUUUCCGAAUGCACUGUACAUAACCAAGACAUGUUUUAUACAUUUUUUUAUAAAUUUUCACUGACAUUAUUGAGCAUUUUGUGUAGAUCAGUGACAAACACACACAAUUAAAUCAAUUUCAAUCCCACUUUGUAACCCAACAAAAUGUGAAAAAAUACAAGGGGUGUGAAUACUUAUGAUAGGCACUGUAGGUGAUCACAGAAUGAAAUAGAACAGAAUAUUCCCUCAGAGUGAAUAAUAUGAUCUCGAUGUUAAUGGCCAUAGAAUAACAAUGAUUCUCUAAUAAUGUUCUGACACUCUAGAUGACUUCUGUGGAAAGGGUGGUGGAGUACACCGAACUGGAGAGUGAAGCACCCUGGGAGACGGACAAACGCCCUCCACCUGAUUGGCCCAGGCAUGGUUUCAUCACCUUCGACCAGGUCAACUUCUCCUACUAUGCGGACAGUCCUGUGGUCCUGAAGAACAUGACUGCGGUCUUCAGAUCCAGAGAAAAGGUACCCACUAGAUAUUCUUCUGAAAUAUGUCCAUGUUUACGACAAUGCACAACACACCCCAACACACUCCAGUUGAUAUGCAGCCAGUGUAAUAGGUGGGGUGCUGUUCUUUUCUAUGUGUCAUUAUUUUUCAAAUCAAUUAUUAAGGGGACACCUUAUUGUGCCGCUGAUUCCCAAGGAAUAUACCAUUUGUGAUUCAUGGAAUACAUAUCAUGUAAUUAAGACUAGUCAAGUGGAUCCAUUUUGUUCCCAUUUGCAUUCUAGGAGACCUGACGGUGACAACUGUUUAUUCACUAUAUGAGAGCGAGAGGGAGAGAGAGAAUACGAGAGGGAGAGAGAGAGGUGGAGAUGGUUGAGGGUGAUUGAAACCCAGCGUUUAAUGCAGGGGGUGUAUUUUGCAUGGCCACGGUUCGCCAGGGCGGCUGAUUUCACAAUGGAUGGGUUGAUAAGUGAAGAGGCCUGGACUCUUGACAGCCCAUGGGAGGGAUCUUCACCCGAUGCCGUGGGCCUGAACAGGCUUUGUGCAUCCUGACAGUCCCCCUGAGACAACGUUUUCACAGGGAAACGAGCACCUAUCUAGCACUCUGAACACUCCUCUCUCUCUACAAACACACACACACACACACAACACUCAUGCAUGCACACGACAUGACGCAUGAUUUGGUACAGUAGGAACACAGCCCCAAAAGGUUCAAGACAUUUACUUUUAACUGUUAACUAUUCAUUUUCUUAUGUCUUACUAUACAUUUCCAUACUUCCAGUGUAGUGAUUCCACAAGGUGAUUUAUAUAUUUAAUUUAGAUAACCUUUUGCAUUCUUUGUUUGAAUCCAAGCGGCAAUGUAAUAUUGCUGAUUAGUUAGACGCACAUCUUUGGGAAUCGGAAUCCGAGCAUAUAGGCUACUGUAGGAAGGGAUAUGUGAUUGAUCCAUGCGGAAAGUGGUUGAUAGCACCUACAGAAAAGACACUGAAAUGCAUACAUUACAUUACGAUAGCAUCUUAUACUAUCAUGCCAGCUUUAGCAGUAUUCUGCUGUUUUAAUGUCACAUUGCUUGUGGGGCUGUCACGUUAACAACUGAUGUGCUGAUCUCAAACAGGAAGGAACAUCUCCACAAAGAUAAUCUCUCAUUCUGCUGGAGAACUGGCCAUGAAAGGCAAAGGUUCCAUCAUAAAGGACAUAGAUGAUUAAGGUUACAAUGAUGCAAUGGGAAGUGAAGUAGACCUUGAAUUUAGCACUUGGAAGUCAACUUCGUACAAGGAAGAGGUCUUGGCUAGGAGGUUUUGAAUGGUGUUAUAUAAUAUUAACAUCAGAUUUUAUAGUAGAGAAAAUGUGUUCAGAGAAAAACACAAAAUAAAACAUGAAUUCUCUGUAUGUUGAACUCUAGGUUGGCAUCGUGGGGCGGACUGGCGCUGGUAAAAGCUCCCUGAUCUCUGCUCUGUUCCGCCUGGCUGAACCUAAUGGCAGGAUUUCCAUCGAUGGCAUUCUCACCUCUGAGAUCGGCCUGCAUACCCUGCGCCAGAGAAUGUCCAUCAUCCCCCAGGCAUGUACAUUCUCUGCCCUCCUACCGCCUAUUGUAGUCUAUCGGCUAGGCUGCAUUGUAUAGCACAUCUUUAGUUACUUCAGCAUAAUCCUGUAAGUCCUUUGAUAGUACAUUUAUAGUACACAUGACAUGACUAUGGAAGCCUUAAAAUGACAAACAUUACCUCAGUCAUUAUAGAGCAUUAAGUAAAACAGUUAAAGCCUGAAUGUGGGAGGUUCAGGGUUCCCUGACAUAUUCUGUAAGGUUCUAUGACAUAUUUUUAGCAUUCCCCAGACAUGAUGCACAUUCAAUGGCCAGGUGAACUUCCAUUGGUAACCCAAACCCUCCCACCUUUGUGAGGUCUGGCCUGCUUUUUAUGUCCCUGUUGGUUUCAAAGCAACAACAGGCUAAGGAGAAUUACAGUCGUCACUCAGUGGAUUUUGGAAAGUGAGACAAACGGAUGCCUUGAGACAGUUUAACUUUUAUUUCCGCUUGUUGAAAGUGAUACAGCAUUAGGAAAAUGCCACCCCCUGGGUGAGUCAGCGCUCUGUGGCGGUGAAGACUCCCACGGCCCAGCUCUGAGAGGAGAGCAGAGUAGCUCCCUACCCGUCAGUGACAGGAGAUUAGCAUUCUACCCCCGAAACAUCAGCAAAGCUGCUUAGGAGACUUCUCAACCCAUCCCCAUCCUCACAGUCCCACAUAGGUCUACCAACAUCAUUUAGCCCAAGUGUUGAACAUUUCACACAUUGCAGCCAAAACAAGUUCAUUAAAGGUUUUUGGUAUGGCUUUGAUGGGUUUCUAGUAACGCAAUAGUUUACCAGAUUAAGUUUCACUCCUAUAUUAGAACUGGUUUUGUUUUACCACUACCUGAGUGAUGUCAAGGUAAUGUUUUCCUAUUGGGUACUGCUCAUUCUGACAGGGGGACAGCCAGUUGCAUCAUGGGUAAAACAGCAAACAAGGCGGGGUGGGGAAAGUGGGGGCAUAUUUAGAUUACUUCUGUUCUGAACGCAUAACUGAAAUGUUGGCUUAUCUAAGAGGAGCAGCACUGUAUCUGUACACAAACAGAAUAGAGAUGAUCUAUCGGGUUCGAUUAUUGUCCUAUUAUUCCACUCAAAAAAUUCAAGCAUGAAAGACACAGAGUAUGAUUUGCUAUUACUAAUAUUACAAGGAUUGGAUUUCUUCUGCCUAUAUUCCCAUUUUUCAGAACUUCCCUUAGAAACGGAAAAGUGUAAGUGAUUAUUCACUCAGCCUUUUAAAUGGAAAAUAACUUGAUGUAUAAGAUGCUUGUUGCUCUACCUUGUGAUGUGGAGUCUUCAGAUUCUGAUAUGUAUUCUAUACAUUGCCAGUGAGGACUUUUUAUUAUUCUACAGCUUCCCUCAGAUUUGAUUAUGAUAAACUUUUAUUAGUAUAUGGCAUUAAAAAAGAAUCCAUUUCAGGUUCUAUUGAAAUCUCAGGAAUGACUUCACAGUAAAAAAUGAAUUCGGCGGCAAACAGAGGGCUUAGAAUUGUUGGAGCACAUAAUCGUCUUUGGAAAGCUGUGCUUGAAAGCAGUUUUUCCAACUUAACAUUGAAUCCUCAAUUAAAGUGAGUCACAAAACUAGUUUGAAUUGGGACUUGAGCUGGCUUAAUGACAAGGCAGUCUGCUGGUGGCAGGGGUAAAGCUCAUUGGGAGUAGAGAAGUGGAACAGUUUUUAGGCUAUAGAGCGAAAGGGAUGAACUCCUGAAUGCUUAAAAUUCACAGCUCUGUUUUCAAGGAAUCUGCUCAAAGUUAAACACUUGCCAUGGGUUUCGAGACUGACACAAAAGUCUGUAUGUGUGUGCGCAUUGUCUUCUCAACCUCAUGUUAUUGGUGCUGUCACAGUGUUGGCUCAGAGCCUAUGACCUGCAUCAAAGCAGCCAACGGGGCAUGGGUGAUAUGAGUCACUCACACAACAGUAUUCUUCUAACCACGAGACAUGAUUAUUAGUAUCACAAAGUCAGUAAACAGCUAGUGAGUCUUCCAGUGACUGUGUACUUUACUCCUGUUCCUGGCCGUAUCUUGCAGUUGCCAGGUAGGAGGUCAGAUUAGCAUCUUGAGUAAACUUGAUUUAUUAUCGUCUUCCCUCCUCUGCAUUGUGGAUUGACAGUUUCUCCAUGUCCUCCUUUAUCUCUAUUGCUAUUACACAGGUCUAUACAGACUCGUUAAUGUUUUUUUUAAUAGUCAUUAUACCCAUUAAAGCCUCAUAAACUCUGUUGUGUGUCACAGAAGAAAAGCCCUCAAGUAUUUACUUAGUGAUAAAACAAUGAGGAAAUUAUCCUGUGAAUGUAAUCUAGCUUUAUAUUGUUCCGUGAAUGCUGUGACGUUUUGUUUAUGGCUAGAAAGGAGAGUCCCCUGUAAGAGAUUUGUAAAAUCACUUUUAUGUUGGGCUAGGAUUUCUGAAUAAAUAUAUUUUAGAGAGACUUGGCAUGAGGACGUGUAGCCGUGCUCCUGUUUGCCAGGUUUACAGCAAACACAAGGGCAUGCUGGAACAGUGUCUUCGGAGUGGCGAGCUAUUUUGACUGCACUAUAAGAAAGAGCUGUAUUUGCUCUCUUAAGGGUGGUUGUAUGCCUGAACCUUGAUGUAGGUGUGUAGCUCACUGUAAAUACACAGAGCUCCCACAGAACUGCUCCAAGCUGUAUUUUAUAGCAUGGAGAAAAAUCAGCCAACUGAAGGAUAACUCCUUUUUACUCAACUAGGGAUGUUGACAUAAACUUUUCCAACUGUAAUUUAGAGAGAGCAUCUAUCUUCAUGAAUUUGAAUGAACAUUGUUAAUUUAAUUUUUUAUAUAUAUAUUUUUUGCAGCUUUUGAGAGAUGAUUUAAACAUUUAUGACUAUAGUUUACCUUUAGGUAAUUUGAGAAAUGCUUUAAAAAUGUUUUAUGAUUGCAUACAUAGUAGCUGGUGCACCUUUUCUAUGUCCAGACAACCUUUAUACACAUCCUUUGCUCUCAAACAAGACCACAGCACAAGCUUUUCCAAAGUAAAAAGAACUUAAUGUUGGAUAGUGUGCCGGAGCCGAGGUAUUGAAUCGGGCUCCUGAGUGUGGCAUUGCAGGCCCCAUUGUGAACACCUAUCCCUCACACAUAGCACCGCUUUAUACAGCCUGUCUUAACCCUUUCAAACGUCUCCCCCUCGUCAUUAUCCUAACUGGCCAUGGCCUUCUCUUUCUAUAUCCAUCUAUCCCCAUGCAGGACCCGGUCCUCUUCACGGGCACCAUGAGGAAGAAUCUGGACCCUUUCAGCCAGCACACAGACGAGGACCUGUGGAAUGCACUGGGAGAGGUACUCCAGCGUGGGCUCUGAAUGCUUCCCCCUCAGCGGCCCAUGGGGGGAUCCCUCUGUCCCCAUGCACAAUGCUGCCAUUCAGCCUCCGUGCUCGCCACAAGUCAUGGGGGGAAAUCCCAUUAGGGCCGUGGGGCCCAGCUCAAUGUGCAGCUUGUAACUGGGAGCCAUUCAAAGUGCUGGGGAAAUGUGUGUUGUGCUGUGUUUGCCAGUUAGGCAAUAGAGGAUGAAGGCAGGGUUCCCCCACAGUGAAGGGCUCCAGCUCCUGGUCCUCAGUCUCCCCGCUCCUCAAUGGGUUUGCUGGCCUGGAUUAAAGCAAUAGGCUGGUCACAAGGGAGCGGUGGCCAAGGUCAUCAGUGGACCUGGCCCUGCAUUGUGCCAGCCGGUUAAUGGGUGUGUGUUGGAUGUUUUUUUAAAGAGAUCCCCCCCCGGGAGGCCUUUCUCCAGGGGUAAUGGAGGGUCCCUGCUCCCUCUCCUCUCCCUGCAGGUGCAGCUGAGGACUGUGGUGGAGGAGCUGCCUGGGAGGCUGGAGACGGUGCUGGCUGAGUCGGGCUCCAACUUCAGUGUGGGUCAGAGGCAGCUGGUCUGUCUGGCCAGGGCCAUCCUCAGACGGAACAACAUCCUCAUCAUUGACGAGGCCACCGCUAACGUGGACCCCAGGUGAGAACACGCUUUGAACACUGACCCACAUAUUUGUGCUAGUUGUCAUUGUGAUGUUGUAACUCCUGCACAUUGACUCUGUAACGGUACCCCCUGUGUACCCCCUGUAUAUAGCCUUCCUACUGUUAUCUUAUUUUACUGCUGCUCUUUAAUUAUUUGCUGUUUUUAAUUUUUUACUUAACAGCAUUGUUGGUUAAGGGCUUGUAAGUAAGCAUUUCACUGUAAUGUCCACACCUGUUGUAUUUGGCUCAUGUGGCAAAUAAAAUUUGAUUUGAUUCGUAACAUUGGUCUGUCCCAUAGAUCAGUACAUUCCAUUUUAGGACAACAACAUAAUAUAGAUGUAACUAAAACAAAAGUAUAUACAAAGGUUUAACACCUUCAUGAAUAAAGCUAUGGCCCCUGGUACUCAGUGACACUGUAACUCUAUCCCAUUUACUUCAGUACAGCUGCACAUACCUGGCUAAGGAUUAGCCAUUGUUUUGAUGUGUAAAGUAAAAUCCCUGCCCAAGGGUGUAUAGGAAGAGAGUAUUGUUUCUGCAUGGAUGCCGAGGUAAUCUCUUCCCCUGCUCCUUUAGAACCGACGGCCUCAUCCAGCAGACCAUCCGGGAGAAGUUCAGGGAGUGUACUGUGCUCACCAUCGCCCACAGACUCAACACCAUCAUCGACUGUGACCGGAUCCUGGUGAGGCCUCCCUCCAGUAACCAUAUGGCUAGCACUGUCUGCACAUUUUCUUCACUUAACCAUUCACAGUACACUCGAUAUGAAAAGAAUUGCACACAUUUCUGCUUCCUACUAUACUGUAGAGGUCUUCACGGAUCCACCUGUACCCGAAUACCCGAGAACCGAUCCGGGAACCGAGCAGGUCCGGAUCCAGAAUUCUAAAUAAUUUGAUUGGUAGGAUCUGACAUGAUUGUUACGGGCCUCGGGUAUGUGUAAUUUUAACGGACUUAUCCAGAAAGAUCCAUGCGGAUCCGAAUGACAAUAACCUAAAAAAUGUAGUGUAUGUGUGUGUGUGUAUAUAUAUAUAUAUAUAUAUAUAUAUAUAUAUAUAUAUAUAUAUAUAUAUAUAUAUAUAUACAUAUACAUAUACAUAUACAUAUACAUAUACAUACAUACAUACAUACAUACAUACAUACAUACAUACAUACAUACAUACAUACAUACAUACAUACAUACAUACAUACAUACAUACAUACGGUGGGGAUAAUUUUAAUGGUAGGUUUAUUUGAACAGUGAGAGACAGAAUAACAACAAAAAAAUCCAGAAAAACGCAUGUCAAAAAUUUUAUAAAUUGAUUUGCAUUUUAAUGAGGGAAAUAAGUAUUUGACCCCUCUGCAAAACAUGAUUUGGUACUUGGUGGCAAAACCCUUGUUGGCAAUCAGAGGUCAGACGUUUCUUGUAGUUGGCCACCAGGUUUGCACACAUCUCAGGAGGGAUUUUGUCCCACUCCUCUUUGCAGAUCUUCUCCAAGUCAUUAAGGUUUCGAGGCUGACGUUUGGCAACUCGAACCUUCAGCUCCCUCCACAGAUUUUCUAUGGGAUUAAGGUCUGGAGACUGGCUAGGCCACUCCAGGACCUUAAUGUGCUUCUUCUUGAGCCACUCCUUUGUUGCCUUGGCCGUGUGUUUUGGGUCAUUGUCAUGCUGGAAUACCCAUCCACGACCCAUUUUCAAAUGCCCUGGCUGAGGGAAGGAGGUUCUCACCCAAGAUUUGACGGUACAUGGCCCCGUCCAUCGUCCCUUUGAUGCGGUGAAGUUGUCCUGUCCCCUUAGCAGAAAAAUACCCCCAAAGCAUAAUGUUUCCACCUCCAUGUUUGACGGUGGGGAUGGUGUUCUUGGGGUCAUAGGCAGCAUUCCUCCUCCUCCAAACAAGGCGAGUUGAGUUGAUGCCAAAGAGCUCCAUUUUGGUCUCAUCUGACCACAACACUUUCACCCAGUUCUCCUCUGAAUCAUUCAGAUGUUCAUUGGCAAACUUCAGACGGGCCUGUAUAUGUGCUUUCUUGAGCAGGGGGACCUUGUGGGCGCUGCAGGAUUUCAGUCCUUCACGGCGUAGUGUGUUACCAAUUGUUUUCUUGGUGACUAUGGUCCCAGCUGCCUUGAGAUCAUUGACAAGAUCCUCCCUUGUAGUUCUGGGCUGAUUCCUCACUGUUCUCAUGAUCAUUGCAACUCCACAAGGUGAGAUCUUGCAUGGUGCCCCAGGUCGAGGGAGAUUGACAGUUAUUUUGUGUUUCUUCCAUUUGCGAGUAAUCGCACCAACUGUUGUCACCUUCUCACCAAGCUGCUUGGCGAUGGUCUUGUAGCCCAUUCCAGCCUUGUAUAGGUCUACAAUCUUGUCCCUGACAUCCUUGGAGAGCUCUUUGGUCUUGGCCAUGGUGGAUAGUUUGGAAUCUGAUUGAUUGAUUGCUUCUGUGAACAGGUGUCUUUUAUACAGGUAACAAACUGAGAUUAGGAGCACUCCCUUUAAGAGUGUGCACCUAAUCUCAGCUCGUUACCUGUAUAAAAGACACCUGGGAGCCAGAAAUCUUUCUGCUUGAGAGGGGGUCAAAUACUUAUUUCCCUCAUUAAAAUGCAAAUCAAUUUAUAAAAUGUUUGACAUGCGUUUUUCUGGAUUUUUUUGUUGUUAUUCUGUCUCUCACUGUUCAAAUAAACCUACCAUAAAAAUUAUAGACUGAUCAUUUCUUUGUCAGUGGGCAAACGUACAAAAUCAGCAGGAGAUCAAAUACUUUUUUCCCUCACUGUGUGUAUAUAUAUAUAUAUCAAUGGAAUUAAAAGGAGAAGGAUGGGCUACAACGACCUAGAGCCAAAAAGUAGGCUGCUCCUUUAUAUUCUGAAUGGAGUUGUUGUUUGUGUAGGACGAGAAAGUGCAUGCAGCCUCAAUUAGCUUAACUAGCUUCUCCCGGUUUGAUGCAGCCAAGACAGGUACUACAUAAUCAUAUUGGAUGAUAAAUAACCUAGCUAUGGCAGCUAUUAGUCUACUAUAGCGCUAGUGGGCUUGGUUGGUUGCUGUCACUCGUCUCUCUCUCCCUUCUCCCUGUGUCACUCGCUCACACACACACAACACGGCCCCUGUAGAGCGUCACCUCUCUCUUCCUCGUGCUUUAUCAGCUCUGGUUAAUAAAGUAGCUUACAAAUGGACUUUUCGGCUGCUCCCUCACUCGGAUCGGAAACGGGUCUAUACGGAAUGGGUCUAGUUGUCCUUGGGUCCGUUAGGAACGGGUCUCUAUAUUUACAUAAUUAAUUUAUGCAUAUCAGGUCUGGAUGGGAAAGCCCCAGGUCCAUUUCGGAACAGGUCCAACUUUUUAGACCUGUGAAGGCCUCUACUGUACAGUACAGUAUCUAAGAAUAGCUCAGGGUCAGACUUUACAAUCAGCCCUGUCAGUGAAGUACCACUCAGAGUUUGUGACAGCUGGACCCAUUACUCCCUAAUCUCACCCCCUCUUAGUGGGGCCAGGUGGGCAGAGACUGAGAGGUGACCAGGCCAGCCCGUACCCCCGUGCCACUUGAUCUUUGGCCUCUUCUAGCCCACUGCCUGCAGAGGUGCCAAUUAGUGCCAUUUGUGGCAGCAUUUGUUUCCUGUCCUCCAGGACACUGGCUGACCCGGUAAAUGGCUGGCUAUUGAGAUGGGCAAGGAGAAAAGCCAAAUGUCACACAGCGGAAACGUUUCCACACCUGUCCCUGUGUCAAACGCCCCCAGAUUGUCACGCUGUUUGAUAGAACAGACUUGGGACCCACCUGAAUUGCCUCGUCCAAAUUAUUAAGCGGCACCCCUGAUGAAUGGGAGAGUUUUCUUGAGUAGGAAACUCUAAGGCCUGCAUAUGUUCUACGGAGCUAGCUAAGGCAGAGAAAUAAAGUGUUCUGUUGUUGAUCACACUAGUUCUAUAAUGCUAUGUGUUAUUGUUCCAAAAUUAGGCUUAAGAUGUAAGAGUGGGCUUUGCCUAUUUUAAGGAGAUUGCUCUUGUUUAAAGGGAGCCAGAAUGUAAUGCUAGGCCUUUAUGGAGCUCCUUGAAUAGAAGGUAUUCUUUGCCUGUUUUACAGUGCAUGUGAUGACAGAGACAUGAUUGUAAUUUUCUGAAGCGUGCUGAAGGUGUGAUUGUUGCCUUUGACACAGUUGAGGACCACCCUUGCGGUGCUGAAAUGCAUGCAUGGAUAAAUGCAUGGAUAACCUUGCUUAGGCCUGAUCUUCUGUCUGACACUGUCAGCGUACACUUUCACAGCAGCAACAGGGAAUGUCCACAGCCCCGUCCGGCAGAAACAAGCCCUGGUGUUUGUUGUUGGCAUGAGUCACAUGAAAUGGAUGGUUCCGAGACAGUAGAGAACUACUGUUUCUCACUUGGCCUCUAUUGUCUGUGUGGAUCACUCACCAGUGAAACAGCUGAAAUGCUAGUUUUUAAGUAUUAAAGUAUAUAGCCCAUGUGGCCCACGCCCUACUACUCUCUCCUGUGUCUGAUUGCAGGUUCUAGAUGCUGGGAGGAUCCAGGAGUAUGAUGAGCCCUAUGUUCUGCUUCAGAACCAGGAAGGAGCGUUCUACCAGAUGGUCCAGCAGACAGGCAAGGCAGAGGCAGCCUCCCUCCUCCAUGCAGCCAAACAGGUAAUCAACCCAACCAACCCCGCCCUCCUUUGUUCUAACUGUCAGCACUCUUAGUGCACACAGCUACACUCACCCUAAUCCUUAUAACACACUCCUUAUAACAACUGGUGUCCCUUCUUUGCCCAAAACAACAGUCAGUCAUACACAACUGUGUGUUCAUUAGCCUGGCAUGUCAAUGGAGCUCUAUGAAUAUUUGCACUGAACGUGUGUAAUGCUAUUUAUGUAGAUGCAUUUCUACAGUGAGGGGAAAAAAGUAUUUGAUCCCCUGCUGAUUUUGUACGUUUGCCCACUGACAAAGAAAUUAUCAGUCUAUAAUUUUAAUGGUAGGUUUAUUUGAACAGUGAGAGACAGAAUAACAACAAAAAAAUCCAGAAAAACGCGUGUCAAAAAUGUUAUAAAUUGAUUUGCAUUUUAAUGAGGGAAAUAAGUAUUUGACCCCCUCUCAAGCAGAAAGAUUUCUGGCUCCCAGGUGUCUUUUUAUACAGGUAACGAGCUGAGAUUAGGAGCACAUUCUUAAAGGAAGUGCUCCUAAUCUCAGUUUGUUACCUGUAUAAAAAGACACCUGUCCACAAAAGCAAUCAAUCCAAUCAGAUUCCAAACUCUCCACCAUGGCCAAGACCUCUCAAAGGAUGUCAGAGACAAGAUUGUAGACCUACACAAGGCUGGAAUGGGCUACAAGACCAUCGCCAAGCAGCUUGGUGAGAAGGUGACAACAGUUGGUGCGAUUAUUCGCAAAUGGAAGAAACACAGAAGAACUGUCAAUCUCCCUCGGCCUGGGGCUCCAUGCAAGAUCUCACCUCGUGGAGUUGCAAUGAUCAUGAGAACGGUGAGGAAUCAGCCCAGAACUACACGGGAGGAUCUUGUCAAUGAUCUCAAGGCAGCUGGGACCAUAGUCACCAAGAAAACAAUUGGUAACACACUACGCCGUGAAGGACUGAAAUCCUGCAGUGCCCGCAAGGUCCCCCUACUCAUGAAAGCACAUAUACAGGCCCGUCUGAAGUUUGCCAAUGAACAUCUGAAUGAUUCAGAGGAGAACUGGGUGAAAGUGUUGUGGUCAGAUGAGACCAAAAUCGAGCUCUUUGGCAUCAACUCAACUCGCCUUGUUUGGAGGAGGAGGAAUGCUGCCUAUGACCCCAAGAACACCGUCAAACAUGGAGGUGGAAACAUUAUGCUUUGGGGGUGUUUUUCUGCUAAGGGGACAGGACAACUUCACCGCAUCAAAGGGACGAUGGACGGGGCCAUGUACCGUCAAAUCUUGGGUGAGAACCUCCUUCCCUCACCCAGGGCAUUUGAAAAUGGGUCGUGGAUGGGUAUUCCAGCAUGACAAUGACCCAAAACACACGGCCAAGGCAACAAAGGAGUGGCUCAAGAAGAAGCACAUUAAGGUCCUGGAGUGGCCUAGCCAGUCUCCAGACCUUAAUCCCAUAGAAAAUCUGUGGAGGGAGCUGAAGGUUCGAGUUGCCAAACAUCAGCCUCAAAACCUUAAUGACUUGGAGAAGAUCUGCAAAGAGGAGUGGGACAAAAUCCCUCCUGAGAUGUGUGCAAACCUGGUGGCCAAAUACAGGAAACGUCUGACUUCUGUGAUUGCCAACAAGGGUUUUGUACUAAGUCAUGUUUUGCAGAGGGGUCAAAUACUUAUUUCCCUCAUUAAAAUGCAAAUCAAUUUAUAACAUUUUUGACAUGCGUUUUUCUGGAUUUUUUUGUUGUUAUUCUGUUUCUCACUGUUCAAAUAAACCUACCAUUAAAAUUAUAGACUGAUCAUGUCUUUGUCAGUGGGCAAACGUACAAAAUCAGCAGGGGAUCAAAUACUUUUUUCCCUCACUGUAUAUUCUAUACCAUAAAUUUAAUUUCAUGAGAAAAAUUGCCCUUUUGUCAUUUUACAUGACUGAUAUUAUCAAAUGAAUCUUCCGUGUAAUCUAUUUCCAAAAAUGUAAUUUUGAAAUCAUUUCAGAGAUCAUUCUAGAAAAGCAGCUUUCUUUGCUCUUUAUCUAUUUUGAAAUAUUGGGUUUUAACUUUGUCUCGAUUUGGGAUAAACUUCCUAUGGGGAUUACUGUAAUAGAGCACAUCCUUAUAUAUAUUUUUUCUUUGAAAUUCAUUUGUGAUGUAUUUCCCCUUCAGCCACUCUCCAGAUAAGGGCUGGGUAGCUAUUCAUCGUUCAAUUCCAUUUUUAUGUGCAUCUGUCAGGGACUACAGAUACGAUAUUGCAACUUCAAACAGGUCUUUGUGAAAUAAGAAAAAGUAGGCAUCAUUUCAUUUUCUCUCUGUCCCUGGUACAAAUUUAUCAGGAGAACUGUAUCUCCCCAGCCACAGACUGAAAUGGGUAAAAUACUGAUUUCAAAGACUCAGCACACUGUCGUAUUAUUUGGUAUCGUCUUCUCCUGCACAGUGGCGGAUUGGUAGGGACAUUGUUCAGGCCCUUACGUCUCCUUUCUUUAUUGUGGGCUGCUCUCUCCAGAUCAGAUUACUCCAACUCCCAGAACCGCUCUCUAGCACCACUUAUUAAAUACUGAGACGUCUCACAAACCGAGUGUGAACUUUCUAUAGUUGUCAGUCAAGGUUUAAAUACAUUAAAUCAUCUGAUACCAACCUCACACUCCUUUGUCCGAGCAGAAUGAGAAUCCCUGAGUUGGGAGUAUAUCUGAUAUUGUGGCUAACCGUUUUCACCUGUUUUCCUCUCUCCUUGUGCAUUCGUGUUGCCAAAAUACUUGGUUUGUCAUAGUCUCUUUGUGCCGGCUGGAACUAGAUAAAAGGACACCUUUGGCUCUCUGUGGAAAACAACCGUUUUUCAAUAGCCAUUUUGAAUGAGCGUUUGUAUGUAUCAAGUUCAUUUUGAAAGUGGUUGAUGUAAGCAAGAUCUUGAUUUAGAUGUUGUCUGUGCUAAAUAGUCAUGUUAAACAGCAUAGAGUCAGUUAGAAACCAGUGUGGUGAAGUCUACGUUAUUGUUGUGAUUAUCGCAGAAGAAUUUCACAGUUCUUUCGAGACCAAAAUAACCACUUUGAAUGCUCUCAUGCUCCUGUGGGAGACAAAUUCCUCAAUCCAGUCUGAGAUCCAUCCUAAGUCAGCCAUUCACAGAUUCUACCUCAGACGACAAACUACAGUAGAAUCUAUGUGUGACACUGCUCUCCUGAUACCCUUUCAGAUUCAUAUGAACAAAAGCCAUCCCAAUGUGACUAACGGACUGACGGACCUGAGCCUGUCCGAGGGGAGCUGUGUCAUCUUUGAGACGGCCCUGUGA